AUGGCGUCUCCCGGAGAUCUGGAGUCCGCGCCCUCCAGGGUGCCGGCCACCAAGGUGGAACUCACCGUCUCUUGCAGGUGAGAGGGGUGGGCGGCGGGGAAGGCAGGCAGGGAGGGAGGAAGCGCCCCCGAAAAUCCGCUCCUCUCGCCCCGUUAUUACACCCCGCGUGUGGAUCGGGUGCAUCGCUUCUCGUCUCAGGGCUUACAGUACUUCGGGGAGGGAAACCUGACGGAGAGAGAAACGCCUCCCCGCUCGCGAGCCCUGCAGGAUGCGCGUGGAUUUGUCCUGAUGUAAACAGUGCCCGGGAAGCGCCCGGGGUGGGCGCACGCUUGUGCAAAAAAGUGCAUCACGAUUGUCCAACAGUGUGUGAGGGGGUGGGGGGUAACUAGGAGCCUAGCGUGCAAGUCAUGUUGCUAUACAAUUUGUACAUCUCACGAGCCCAGUGAAUUGGUGCCUCGGAGAGGUGUGGGUGUGUGUACAGUUUUGUGCGUGCCACCCUGGGCACAGCGAGGGCGCAUGAAUUUGUGUGUAUAUAUGUGUGCAUGCCGUAGUCAAGUGUUACGCAUGUCAUUUACCUGUGUGUGUGUGUGUAUGUGUGUGUGCAUGUGACGCUUAGGCUCAGCAUGUGUGGUUCUCUCUGUUUGCAGCCUUCACAGAUUUUCCCCCGCUGUAUGUGCUCUUUCAGGUCAGCAAUCCUGUUCCAUUCACAUCUUGCAGUGAGCGUGGAGGUGCCCAUACGCAUUUGGUACAUUCAGCAUGUCAGCAGCCGGCGUGUGUUUGUAUCACCCUUGGAGUGUGCUUUUCAAACAUGAUGUUCUUGCUCCUUCCUUUGCAAGAUCGUUCGUGUUUCGCGUUGGUGCUUGAAUGGACCCAAUCUCCAUAUAAGUUUAAAUGGCAUCUAAAUGUGCGUAGCACCCGCUUUGCACUGGUGUCAUUGUGUAAGUGCAGUGUGCUUGAAUCACAGGUUUGGAAGACGCCUGGAGUUUCUGUUGGGUCCAGCUGCUUUCCCUAACAAAAUACCUGGAAAGGGAGGGUAUUCAUUACUGGACAAUUACUCACCUUUUAGGACUUCUUAAUCACCUUAUUAUUAUUUUUCCCCUGGCUAGUUUGUUUCUGGUUAAGCUUAGCUUGAUAUUACCACGUACAGGUUCCUCAAAACUCAUCCUCACAGCAAAACUCUGGAUUUGGUCACAACAUGAAAUCCAGUACUUUGGGCAGAAUCCCAACAUCCUCUUAGCAAAAAAAGCAGGUUUCUAGUCCUUGUGAAAGAUGUGCAAAGCUGUUGCUGGUUGCUCCUAGUAUACUAGGUGGGGCUUCUGAUGGUCUGGAGAUAAGAGUUUGUUCCUCCUUAAAGCUCUGCUGGUCAAGAAGAUAGCAGUGGAGUUCACCCCUGGCACUCUGCUCUUAAAUAUCUAAUUCUCUUUUCUCCCUUCAUUUUAAAUUUCUGUUUCCCUUACCCUUAUUUCGAUACCCAACACAGAAACUCCAAACCACAAAUUUGGGCCGAAAACAUGUUCAGAGAGAUUCAAGCUUACUUAUUAAUCAUGCUUGUUUUGGGUAAGCUUGCCCGAUUUAUUCUGAUGAUCGGAAUGCAAGUUUUGCUUCUGGUCGCAGAAUUUGAAACCUGUGUAAUAAAUACAGUGCUGUAUUUUAGACCUAUGGAGUGUAUGCAGAUAAGGUAUCUGGGAAACAUGCUUCCUCCUCCCUCCCUUUCUUGUGGGCAGAGUGUUGGGAGGAUGGGUGCGAGGGUAGCUAGAAGGGUGGAGGGGAACCUGGGCUGCAGGGAGAAGGCCUGCGCACCGCAGCAAUGCCUGUAAGCCAAUCAAUCCAAGCCCCUGGAGGCUGUGUUUAAAAAUAGACCUGAAUGGACAGAGAAAAUAAGCCUUCCUCCUGUCAGGCAGAGGAGAGUGGUUACCACAGGCAAUAAGCAUCACCCACUUGGAGAAGAGCAGAAAUCUAUGUCCCACGGUGAACAGAAGGGAUGUCUCUCUCCGCAGCGAGACACUGGGCUGUGUUGCUGAGAAAGACGCCAAGUCUGCUCGGGGGCCAAGGCAUGAAGCUGAGGGUGCCGUGCCAAGGAGGGUAGCUCCUCCGAAAUCCGAGCCGUGCUGGUGGAAUGGAGCCUCCAUGUUCAGCAGCAGUAGGCUGCUGAGCCCAGUAGUGAUGUAUGGAAGUGAGAGCUGGACCACAAAGAAGGCUGAUCGCCGAAGAAUUGAUGCUUUUGAAUUAUGGUGCUGGAGGAGACUCUUGACAGUCCCAUGGACUGCAAGAAGAUCAAACCUCUCCAUUCUGAAGGAAAUCAGCCCUGAGUGCUCACUGGAAGGACAGAUCGUGAAGCUGAGGCUCCAAUACUUUGGCCACUUCAUGAGAAGAGAAGACUCCCUGGAAAAGACCCUGAUGUUGGGAAAGAUGGAGGGCACAAGGAGAAGGGGACGACAGAGGACGAGAUGGCUGGACAGUAUUCUCAAUGCUACCAGCAUGAGUUUGACCAAACUGCGGGAGGCGGUGGAAGAAAGGAGUGCCUGGUGUGCUCUAGUCCAUGGGGUCAUGAAGAGUCGGACAUGACUAAACGACUAAACAACAACAGGCUGCUGAGCCCCAGAGGCUGGAGACAAAGUACAGAUAUGGGCUCUUGUCUUCAUGCCCUGCUGACAUCCAGGUGGUCGCAGAACGCAGGACUUUACAGGCUUUUCAAUCCAUCUAGCCAGGCUCCUUUAACACAAAACCAGAAAGUCCACGGGGAAAAAAUGUCUUUAAAUGGUCCCCCCGCCUGUUCCGUGGCUCAGUCUUGCUACCUGUGACUACAGGGCUGGGGAUGGUGUGGCUCUCCAACAGUUGAUGGACGAUAACACUCAUCCUUCCCUGCCCUUUGGCUUUGCUGCAAGUCGAAUCUCAACAACUCCUGGAGGGCUACAGUUCCCCCACACUGAUCUGAUCUGUUGCCCUCAAAAUAUGUUUUUCUUCGUGGUUCAUUUGUGAUGCUUGGGAGUUUGCAUGCACCUUCCUUCUUCCUCCCCACUGCCCCUUUCAGAUUUCACCAGUUUUGGGUCAACGUGCCUCUUCCUAGUUAUUGAUUCGUGAAGCUUCAGGUGUGCUGUGCCACAAUCAGCACCACAUUCUACCCAGCUGAGCCUGGACUUUUGCCUCAGCCCUGGGAAGCAGUUAAUGAAAAAGUCUGCUCACAAGAGCCAGUGUGGUGUAGUGGUUAAGAGCAGUGGACUCGUAAUCUGGUGAACCGGGUUCGCGUCUCCGCUCCUCCACAUGCAGCUGCUGGGUGACCUUGGGCCAGUCACACUUCUGUGAAGUCUCUCAGCCCCACUCACCUCACAGAGUGUUUGUUGUGGGGGAGGAAGGGAAAGGAGAAUGUUAGCUGCUUUGAGACUCCCUAGGGUAGUGAUAAAGCGGGAUAUCAAAUCCAAACUCUUCUUCUUCAUCAUCUUCACCUCCUCCUACCUAUCAUAUGUUUUUCUGUCGUGGUCAGAAGCACCAGGGGUGUAAAUGGACCCCUCCAUGUCCAAGGCAAAACCUCUGUCUGUGGCUCUCACCAAAUUCUCUUCCCUUAGGACUUCCUGCACAGGAUGGAGUUAUUUGGUCCUGACUGUAGGAGUUGUGGGUGGGUGUGGACCAUGGCAGAAUGCCAAUUGGAUCAGGUCUCACAGAGCGGUUGAACUACACAGGAAGGCAGGAAGCUGCUCUGUGAUCCAGUAUGUUUCCAAGCACAAUUCAAAGUGUUGGUGUUGACAUUUAAAGCCCUAAAUGGCCUCGGUCCUGUAUACCUGAAGGAGCGUCUCCACCCUCAUCGUUCUGCCCGGAUGCUGAGGUCCGGCUCCAAGGGCCUUCUGGCGGUUCCCUCACUGCGAGAAGCAAAGCUACAGGCAACCAGGCAGAGGGCCUUCUCGGUAGUGGCGCCCACCCUGUGGAACGCCCUCCCACCAGAUGUCAAAGAGAUAAACAACUACCUGACAUUUAGAAGACAUCUGAAGGCAGCCCUCUUCAGGGAAGUUUUUAAUGUAUUUUUAAUCUUUGUUGGAAGCCGCCCAGAGUGGCUGGGGAGGCCCAGCCAGAUGGGCGGGGUACUAAUAAAUUAUAAUAAUAAUAAUAAUAAUAAUAAUAAUAAUUAUUAUUAUUAUUAUUAUUAUUAUUAUUAUCAUCAUCCACCCAGCUCAGUAUCUCCUACACUGGCAGGCAGUAGCUCCUCCAUCGUUUCAGGAAGGAGGAAUGGGGUGGAACUGGGCACUUUUUUCCUGCAUGGAAAACAGAUUCUCUUCCACCAAACUACAGCCCUAAUCUGGCUUCUGUGGGUUUUUCUGUUUCGUUUUGUGAAGACCUAGAACUGUAGAGUUGGAAGGGACCCCAAGUGGCAUCUAGUCCAACCCCCUGUAAUGCAGGAAUAUUUUGGGACUUGAACCCACAACCCUGAGAUUAAGAGCCUCGUGAUCCACCGACUGAGCCAUCCCAGCUGAAGCUCAUACAUGAGCUAUUGUGCUUUUCAGGCUAGGAACUGUGAGGUCUGGGCUCAAAUGCUGCCAGCACACUUCCAGACCCUUCUGGAGAGAGGGGUCUUUUCCUAUCACCUGCUAUUGCCUGGUAUUUAUUUAUUUUUUAACACUGAGAUCCUGCCUUUCCUCCAAGAAGCUCAGUGUGGUGUGUCUGGUUCUAUUGCUCCCCAUUUUAUCCCCAAUAGAAGUCGAUACAAGGGGAGGGGGAAUUAAUAUGAGUGAUAACUGAGGUUCCUACAAUGAUUUGUGAGAUUUUCCAGAAGGAGAGCCAAAAAUGAGAAAAAUUGAAGAGAUUAAAGAAUAUACAGUGGAACCUCGGGUUACAUACACUUCAGGUUACAGACUCCGCUAACCCAGAAAUCGUACCUCGGGUUAAGAACUUUGCUUCAGGAUGAGAACAGAAAUCGCGUGGCAGCGGCGCGGCAGCAGCAGGAGGCCCCUAAAGUGGUGUUUCAGGUUAAGAACGGACCUCCAGAAUGAAUUAAGUUCUUAACCUGAGGUACCACUAUACAUUGGACUGGCUAAACCAGGCAUAGGCAAACUCCGGCCCUCCAGAUGUUUGGGACUACAAUUCCCAUCAUCCCUGACCAUUGGUCCUGUUAGCUAGGAAUGAUGGGAAUUGUAGUCCCAAAACAUCUGGAGGGCCAAGUUUGGCCAUGCCUGGGCAAAAUUAUCAUCAGGCUGAGAAAGUGUUCCUGACCCAAAGUCACCCAGUGAGCUUCAUGAAUGAGUGAGGAUUUGAACCCAGGUCUUCCAAGCCCAUAUGCAACACUCUAAAGCACUACACCAUGCUAACUAAGGAUGCCAGGGCCUGAAGCUGGGAAGACCAGUGGGGCGAGGGGGGUUGCAAGACAGUGGGGCUUUGGGAAUUUUUUUCAGGGCAGGAGCAAUUGCCUCCUGUGCUGGGGCACCAGGCUAAUUGAUGGCCUCCUGCCCUGGAAAGUGCAUGAGGUGAUAACAAGGCUUUCAAGUUGGUAGGUAGGUUGGUAGGUUGGUUGGUCUUCCAUCCAGAAGAAGAUGGAAACUUGUUUCCUUUUCUUUGGUGGCAUCCCUGAGUCAUGUACUGUUGUUGUUUGUUGUGCAGCUUACCUGCAUUGUCGGAUAUUUCUUGUGGGUUUGGCAGUUAAUAUGAGUUCCUACCCCUAGGAAUGUAUCACAGCACUACUGCCUGGGACCUUCUGCAUGGAACCCUUGAAUUUAUUUAUUUUAUUGAUCUCAUUUUUUGGUAGGCAUCCAAUGGAUGAACGAAUAGGGUUCGAAUGAUUUUUUUUAAAAAAUGACAAGAUCAGCCAAAAAUACAAAAAUUCAAAGCAGUUCCAAAACAAUUGUACAAUGAAAGGAAGCUGAAGACAACAUACACUAAGCAGCAAAUGAUGCAAACUUUAAAAAUUCAGAGUGCAAAGCAGACGUGUUAUGUAAAACACAUGAGCUCUGCCACUGAGAGCUAUGGUCCCUCCAUUUCAACCAAAGCAGAAAUUGCAACUGGGCAUCAGAGGAGCAUACACAGGAUACAGAGAACUGUGUAAAAUGAAAGGGAAACCAGUCCGUUACGAUGCCAAGGAGGCAAUAAAAGGUUUAUUCAAAAUUAAAAUUAAAAUUAAAAAUUUAUAGUUUGGUUUUAUGUUGCAGUUCUCUCCUCCUGCCCACUUGUAGGUUAUUAAACUAUUGAGUUAGACACACUAUUAAUUGCAACCAUUUAGGACAGACUCCUUCCCUGGGGGCUCUUUCCUUUGCAGAAUUGACACAGAGGUAGACGGAGGCAGCCGCUUAAACGUCACCAAAAAGAAGAGCGCAGGAUUGGACACGGACCUGCAUAAGAUGCGGCUGGUAACUUUACCCGCAGGUGCAAAUUCAGAAAUAAUGACUAUGAUUCAAAUUGGGAGUACGAUACGUCUCGCAGAAGCCGGCAGGGCGACUUGUCUGCUGCCGGGUGCUGCUGCAGAUGGUCAGCUUCAAAUCCCCAAGCCCUUGCUCCCCCUUCAAGGGAUCGUUCUCUUUGAAAGAAAGAAAGAAAGAAAGAAAGAAAGAAAGAAAGAAAGAAAGAAAGAUGGAUAUCUGGACUGGAUAGCUCUUUUUUAAAAAUGUAUUUAAUCCAUUUUUCGAUACAAACAUCAACCGCAAAAGGCACACACAACAAAAACCAUAAUAACAGUAAGGACACAAUUUGACAAUUCAGAUUUGGAUACACUGAUAUACCUAUGACUACACCUUUUUUAACAAUAUUGUCCCACCUCUCUCUCCUCCCUCUACUUCCCACCACUUAUCGCUUAAAUAUUAAUUCCAGAUUUCUUCAUAUUUAUCCAUUAUUAUUUUGCGUCAACGUGCAACUCAUUUGUAUGUAGCUAAUCUGUCCAUAUUAUCAAUCCAUGUGCUUAAUGGAAUGUUUUUGCGGCUCUUCCAAGUCAUCAAAACAAGGUUUUUUUUGCUUCUAAUAGCUCCGGAUAGCUCUUGAAACAGAGGACUCUUUCAAAUCGAGGGCUGGCCCCUGUAAAGUAGGGCACAUAGAAUUGUAGACUUGGAAGGGACCUUGAGGCUCAUCUAGUCCAGUGUUUCCCAAACUUGGGUCUCCAACUCUUUUUGGACUACAGUUCCCAUCAUCCCUGACCACUGGUCCUGCUAGCUAAGGAUGUUGGGAGUUGUAGUCCAAAACCACCUGGAGACCUGAGUUUGGGAAACACUGAUCUAGUCCGACUCCCUGCAAUACAGGAAUAUGUUGCUACCCCAUAUGGGGAUCAAACCUGCGACCUUGGUGUUAUCAGCACCGUGCUCUAGCCAACUGAGCUACCCAGUUGUUAGUAGCCAAGUAGAAACCUACCACAUAUUCCUUCUAGGACAAGCUUCCCGAACUUGCCCUCCAGCUGUUGUGGACUGCAUCAUCCUCAGCCAUCAUCCCUGACCAUUGACUCAUGGGCGCUGGAGUCUCACAACAUUUGGAGGAUCGCAGAUUAGGAAAGGCUGUUGUAAGAUCCCUGAAAGUACAGUGGUAGCCCGGCUUAAGAAGUAACCCAAACUUGACUGGGAUAACCUUGCAUUGAGUGACAAGUGCCAUUUCUGCAUUCCGAACAUUUCCAUGACACUUAUCACCUAAAAACCUCAGGACUUUAACCUCUUCCCCCUCCUCAUAUUUAUCGUCCCCUCACCUUCUAUCAUUCAAGCUCUUCCAAAAAUACAGUGGUACCUCGGGUUAAGAACUUAAUUUGUUCUGGAGUUCCGUUCUUAACCUGAAACUGUUCUUAACCUGAGGUACCACUUUAGCUAAUGGGGCCUCCUGCUGCCGCCGCGCGAUUUCUGUUCUCAUCCUGAAGCAAAGUUCUUAACCCGAGGUACUAUUUCUGGGUUAGCAGAGUCUGUAACCUGAAGCGUCUGUAACCUGAAGCGUCUGUAACCUGAGGUACAAUGCCUCCAAAUUUCAGCCACUUGCCAUUUUCCGUCUUCUUCCUCUGUGAGCAAAAAGGAGGUGGAACAUCACAUAUUCCCAAAAAUCUAUUGGUUUUUGUUUCGUUUUGUUUUUUGCCACUGGGUUGUUGUUUUUUGUCCUAAUGAACGUAAAGUGUUAGGGUGAAAAAUGUCCUGGCUGGGUUGGAAUGAGGGGAAUCGAACAAAAGCUGGUCUGGAAAACCAGACGGCAUGAUGUAUAGCUCAGUCGGCAGAAGCAUGAGACUGUUAAUCUCAGGGUUGUGGGUUCGAGUCCCACGUUGGACAAAAGGUUCCUGCAUUGCAGGGGGUUGGACUAGAUGACCCUUCUGGUCCCUUCCAACUCUACGAUUCUGUAAUUCUACAAUUAGGGCCAUGGCUCAGCGGUACAGCAUCUCCGUUAGGACUCAGAGAGAGAGAGAGCCCUGGCUGAAGCCCCAGAGAAACACCUCCCAUCAGACAAUACUCAGCUAUAUGGACCAACGGUGUGUUCCUAUACAGUAGCAUUUGACUUGGGGUGGUAAAACCACCUGUGCUGAGUUAGUUUUGUUGUUACAUUGUGGCUGUGCUGGACAGCUAUGCUGAAGACAACCUUGGCUUGUCGACGACUGCUGUGCCUCAGGUAUUGGACCUGCCCUGUGCAGAAAGGUGUACUGUCAUCAAAAGGUUCUUAUUUGAUUCUGUAAUAGCAACAUAUGUAAAAAAGGAAAAGAGCCUGAUUUCUGCCUGGCGCAGCCCAUAAUGAGAGAAUUUGUGUUUCUGCUUCGUUUAGCAGCAGACGAAACUCCUUUGACAGCCCCGUGUCUACAGGCAGAAGUUGUUUUGGGGAAAGCGCCCGUAGAUUAACUUGAUCUGGGCUGCUGUUAAGGAGCACACAGGGGCCAGGGAAGGCAGACAGGGUGGCCACGAAGCAGGCUUGAGUUGCACGUAAUCGGAUUGGAAGCGAUGCUUGCAAUCUCCAGGGGAUUCUCCCUUUCCUUGCUUCCUGCUACCCACCCUCUGUAUCUUGGGCCCAAAGUGCAGAAUGCUGUAGAAGGAAAAACAGCAGCAGCAGCACAGAGGCAGAGCAGCAAGAAAGCGAAAUCCAGCAAAGAGGCUGAUGUCACAAAUUAUUAUGAUCACUUUAUUUAUUAUCAUUUUGAUUUAUUAACCACCUUUCGCCAUAAGGUCCCAGGGCGGGUCGCAGCAGUUUUUGCAGCGCAAGCUUCCUUAAACCCUCUGAAAGCUUAUUCCACAAUAAGCUCGCUAGUCCUUUUUUGCAGGCAGGAUUCAAACGCGCACCGAGAAAUUUAGGUCUGUGCAACUAAAGUGAAUUAUAGCACCCGGUCACCCAAGCACAAGAAAAGCACUUAAAGCAACAGCAACAGCAACCAGACUGUUUGCCGUUUAGAAAGUGACUGGAAGUCCGCUGAAAAGUGUGGAACGAACUAAUUAAUUAAGGAGGCGAGAGGUGUAAAUCCCCGGGAUGAAUGCAGAAUGAAUAUUCGCCGUCAUGUAACUUCCCCGCAUACCAAUUGGAACAAAUACUCAGUAAAGACCGGAUUUAACCUCUGUGGAUGUUUUGUACAAGCAAAUAAGGAAGAAUGACAACCUGGAGGAGCCUUUAAGGGGAUGCAACUCUCCAGUUAUUUCAAUGGAGGAGGCCCUCAUUUUGUGCAGGGCUUCUUUAGACCAAAAUAGACACGAUACUAGGUUAUCGGAAGUUUUAGUCUCUUGCAGGGAUAAGGAAGGAGUGCUGUGCCACAUUAACAAAUUUGUUGAGGCAUCGUAAGUUUUUAUGGAUCGCGCUCUGUUUCAUCAGCUGCAUGUAGCAUUAUACGGUGUUGUGCGGUGUUGUAAACAGUGAGGUCAGGAGGGAAAGACAUGCAGGAAAGUACUGACUGUGAUCAUCGGAUCAUUAGCAGUGACCAUUGACACCCCCACAAAAGAUACACAGAUGUCGUAGCAUUGGAAAGCCAAUUAUAGGCAACUCCCGCUUUGACAGGACUUAACCAUCCAGGGGUCCUUUAAAUUUACCUUUACAUUCUGAAGCUCCGUGCAUUUAAGUGAAAUCACGUAUACUGGGAACAGCGUUGAAAAAGCUUCCAAACACCCUCCAAACUGCUUUCUCAAACUCCAACUCUCCAUAGACCUCAACGGCCAGUGCAAAGGCUACUAAGGACUGCACUUGCAAAGAAUUGCUAGAGACUGUUUUUGCACUUCUGGAUUUAUGGUGAUGGUCGUGUGCAUGUUCAUAUGUGCCUUGAAUGUGCAUAAAUAGGGAGUUGCCUGCAGUACAUUUUUUUUUUAUUAAUCAUCUGUUGUGCCAAUUCAGACCACAGACGACAGCACUGAACCUCUUUGAUGAAGAGCGAUCAGUUUCCCUCUUCUAUACAACCCCUAAAGAUGUAGGAGCGCUGUCCACCCCCCCCGGUGUGGACCACCAGGGGUGCAUCUCCCCAGAGAAGGGGUGAACUGCGUGCAGCUUGCAAGGCAUGAACUACAACUCCCAUGAUCCAUGAUGGUUGGCCAUGCUGGCUGGGGUGAACUGCCCAGCCACAUUUGCAGGGCGAGGGGUCACAAGUUUCUCUCUCUUUUUUUUUUUAAAUGAUAUUUAUUGAGAAUUUUAAGAUUACCAAGAAAAAAGAAGGAAAAAACAAGAGAAAGAGAAAAAGAGAGAGAAAAAGUGGAUAAAAGUAACAAUUAAACAAUACAAAUCAGUAAAAACCAAAGUCAAAAAGAAAAAACAAAACACACAAUACAUCAAAAGCAAAAAGCAAAAAUAAACAAAAAAAUUAAAAACAGAUCCAAUAUUCCCAGAUCCUUAACUGUCAUUACCUUAUUUCAUCGACCUCCUCACACCUCCCUUUUUUGUAUUCUAGUUGUUAAUUAUCUCAGCAAAUCCUUUCCAUAUUUCAUAAUAUUCUAUCAUUAAAUUAACUUAAUCUAUUUUAACCUUAUCUUACCAUAAAAAACCCUAAAACUUAAAACUUAAAUCUUAUUUAUACCAAAUUCUCUUAACCAUAACAUAUUCUUACAUAAUUCUUUUUAACAUUUCUGCUAAAGCCAAAUAAUUUCAUUCCAACAUUUUUCUAAUACUCAUUAAUUUUACGAAACUUUUCUAAAUGAAUUUUUAAAACUUUCUUCCAAUCUUCAUCCAUCGUCUCUUCUUCCUGGUCUCGGGUUUUGUCAGUCCUUUCGGGUCACAAGUUUCUCAACCCUUCCCUUGAGUAAAGAACACAGGAGUGGUUCCUCUCACACAGCCCUGGCUCUUGGCUUUACCCAGGAAGGGCUAAAAAUGCUUCCUGUUCAGGCUGGGCCUUUGCCUGGGGUGCGAGAGAUGUCCUUCCCCAACUCACCCACCGAGUUUCACCUGAUGGCUACCUAUUGCCUAGCUAUGAGAAAAAGACGAAUCAAGCACAAUGCAUUUAAAGCAAUAUCAUGCCACUUUAAACAGUCAUGGCCUCCCGCAAAGAAUCCUGGGGCGUGUAGUUUGUUAAGUAGGUUAAGAGGCCCCUAUUCCCCUCCCAGAGCCACAAUUCCCAGAAUCCCCUGGGUAAAAAAAAGAAAAGGUAAAGGACUCCUGGACGGUUAAGUCCAGUCAAAGGCGACUAUGGGGUUGCGGCGCUCAUCUCACUUUCAGACUGAGGGAGCUGGUGUUUGUCCACAGACAGCUUUCCAGGUCAUGUGGCCAGCAGGACUAAACCGCUUCUGGCACAACAGGACCGUUUCCCUUCCCACCGCAGUGGUACCUAUUUAUCUACUUGCACUGGUAUGCUUUCAAACUGCUGGGUUGGCAGGAGCUGGGAUAGAGCAAUGGGAAUUCACCCCAUCGCGGGGAUUCAAACCGCCGACCUUCCGAUUGGCAAGUCCAAGAGGCUCAGUGGUUUAGACCACAGCGCCACCUGCUCCCAGUAAUUCCCUGGGAAGAGGGAUUGACUGCUAAGCCACCCUAGUGCAGAUGGUGCCUCCCACAGCUGCCCCGCUGGAAUGAUUGAAAUGAAUGGGGGCUGCUGCUCAGGGUGGGGAGCCUGCGCUAGCCCAGCGUUGAUAACCAGCUUCCUUGGGCUGUUCUUCCGUGGGAGACCAAAGCAUCUGCCCUAACGCUCCGUAACAGCAUGCCAAUUUAGUACACGUUGGGGGCUGAGGGGGGGAGACGAAUGUUGCCCUGAGAGCAGGCCGGACGCACUCAGCAUCGAAAGCCUCCGACUUCUGUUCCAUGGAAACCUCAGAUCUGUACUCAGAAUGAAUUAUGCAACUCGGGUACAUCUGCAUAUAUCCAGUUUGGCUACAUAAUUCAUUCGGUUUCUAAGAUUAACAGUUUCAAAGAAUGGGAAAGUGUUCGGCAAGGGCAGGGGUGGCAGAGAGAGCAAGGAGAUGAGAGGAUCGCUCGUGGGGGAAAGACAUGAAAGAGAGAUGUACUCCCUGCCCCACUGCGAUUGUUUUGGCCUCGCUGCCCCCACCCCCCACACAUCUGGUUUGUCAAACUGCACCACACCACAGCCAAGGAUUUCCAAGCUUUUCUAGCUCACCAGGAUGGCUAAAAAAAUAUAUAUGAAUGAGUCUCCAAGUCUUUCUAAUCAACCAUAAGGGCUAGAAACUUGCUUUUUAAAAAAAAAAAAUGAGUUACCAAUCUUUUCUAACCAAGAUGCACUAGCAUCUUGCUUCUUCUUCUUCUUUUUUUAAAAUGAAAGAGUUCACAAGCUCCGUAUUAAAUCUGUGUACAGUAAGCCCACAACUUACACAGGAGUUACGUUCCGGGGAUCAUGCCUAAAGCAAAAAUCACAUAUAAUCACUUUGGGUUCAAUGGUGGGUGGGAUUACCAAAGCCUUUCCCCCCCCCCUUUCCUGCCCCCGUAUUAUUUCUUUAUGGGAUGCGGGUGGUGCUGUGGUCUAAGCCACUGAGCCUCUUGGGCUUGCCAAGUGGAAGGUUGACGGUUCGAAUCCACACGAUGGGGUGAGCUUCCAUUGCUCUGUCCCAGCUCCUGCUAACCUAGCAAAACAAGGAGGGGGAGCAUGACCAAUUCUGCUGACCCACAGACAGGGAAACCAGUCAAUCCAGGAAAAUGAUAACUUCUGUUUGGCUUGAACAUUCCUAUUUGUCCAUCACCUCAGAGAUUGGAGUGGGCUAUGCAUAAUUACCUAAAAUUCUGCCAUUUGACCUCUACAAUCGCUUGGUUUGUAUUGAUUGUAUUGACUUCUGUAGGGGGGCAGCUGUCCCCUGCCCUCCCCUCUUGACUACAUCCAUGUCCUAAGACCCCUGCACAUGUUCAAACUAAUCUUCCUUCUUGACUAGAAACUUAAGGAAGCUUUGCUUAUAUUAUUUUCAGGGGGGAUAUUAAAAACCCCCUGAAUAAUUACAAUAAUGAAGAAGAUAAUCGAUUAGCUGGAAGCUUGCCAAUCAUAGGGAGUUGCCUUCGAUUGGGACAGGCCACUUGUCCAUCUAGCUCAGUCAAUAUUGCGAACACUGGCUGGCAGCAGCAGCCUCCCGAAUGGUAUACUUCUGUGACCAAGGGAGAGAUUUAAAUUUCAGUUGCUUAUUCAAGUUGUUUGCAGAGUUCUGGGCUGAAUACAGAACUGCUAGGUUUUCUCACCCAGUUGGAGUCAGAUCUGUGACAAUAGCCUGGCAAUCGUGACUGUUAAUUGUACUUAAACCUCAGUUGAAGUGUCCUAGCAACAGAGGGGAAAGGAUUCUGCUCCAAUAAGGGCACAAGGUCUCGCCAUGAGGGGGGCCUGUAAGUAGACUCACCUUGCCCCCUCAUCUUCCUUGUUUUCAUUCUCAGGUCUACUGCUUAGAAAUUCUUCCCCGAGGAUUUUCUUGGGGGCAGAGAGGGCUGUGAAUUGGCUCUUUCCUCCUCUCUCCAGCACGAAGCUGCGACUGACUACAGAUUUGAUUGCCUCUUUUAAUGAUCUUAAUUCAGAUGCAUUAAUAAAGCUAACAACACAAGAGAAGGGAAGCGGCUGAGAAUGGUCAAGGUGACUUUGCUGUCGGGGGAAACGGAAGGGAAGGGAACAAAUCCUAGGCUUAUAACUUUGAUCCUUAAGCCCUGCCUGCACCAUUGCAUAUUUGAAGCCGUAUUAUGAACAGUCGCGGCUUCCCCCAAAGAAUCCUGGGAGCUGUAGUUUGGUUAGGGUGCUGAGAAUUCUUGGGAGACCCCUCGUCUCCUCACAGAACUACGAUUCCCAGAGUCCCUUGCAGAGAAUUGAGAGGAAUAAGGGUCUCUUAGCAACUCUCUGCACCCUUAACAUGCCACAUUUCCCAUGAUUCCUUGCGGGGGAGCCAUGAUUGUUUAAAGUGGUAUGAUACUGUUUUAGAAGCAUAGUGUGGAUGGGACCUCUCUUUCUCUCUCUCUCUCUCUCUCUCUCACACACACACACACACACACACACCACUUCACUUCACUUCACUUUCCGGCCUUUCUCUAUUUCCAAACUCACAUUCUUAUCUUUCUUUCUACCCCUUUGCUUAUCAAUCUCCCCAGGAACCUGUUGGACAUGGAUACUUUCUCCAAGUCUGAUCCUGGUAAGUGUGCUAAGUUGUCGAUAUUUGGUGAGGAGGUGGGGGGCGGCGGUAUGUCACUGUCCUUGGUGGGAGGUGACGAAUCUGGUCAAAAAGCCCAAAGAAGAUUUGCCAAGUAGGUUGGCUGCUAUAAUACCAUCUGCUUCACCACCUGGGCAGCACAGAGGGACAGGAAGAUCUUCUGGUCCACCUCAAAGCGCUACUGAAGCGAAGUCAAAUAAUGGCAGUGCUUACAAAACAAUUAAAACAUUUGCAAUAAAAUCUUACUUGUUUAUCGCACUACGAGAAAGGAGAAAAUUGGCUUGAACCUUAGAAAUGGCCGCCAUGAGGGCGGAAGGGGCACUGCCCCACCAACCUUCAGCCUGCCCUCAACCAACCCCACCUGCCUGCUUUCAUAUUCACAGCCAAUCAGGGGGCGGCUGUGCUCUGGCUCCCCCUACUGGUGGCCUCCCUGCCUUCCGCCCAACCAGCCCCCACUGGUCCCCAGUGACCAAUAGAUGCUGCCCAAUUAAAUCUCGCCGUGGCUGAAAAUGAAUUCUAACGCCUUCACAUCUGUCGUGGAGCUUUUUCCUAAUAUAGCUAAUGGGGGAAACCUCGUUCUCAUCAGAAUUAAUCCUCCUCCGACGGACAAUGGGUAGACAGGCAGACAGCUCAUUAUGCCUGCAAGCCAGGAACAUUUCUCAUGCCGUGAGGUUCGCCCCCAUUGCUUAAAUGCCAACUUCUCGUCUCAUAGCCUGCUUUUCCUCCCGUCUCUUGUCUACAAGAGAUGAGGCUGCAGUCUUUCAUGGCACUCACCUGGGAACGGGUUCCAUGGAACUCAGUGGGGAUUACUCCUGAGUAGACAUAUAGCAGAGGUGUCCUAUAAAAUAGGAAACCUUUCUUAUUACUUGAAGCCACUGGUUAGAGUCCUACCCUCCGGAGCAGGAGAAAACAAGCACGCUCCAUCUUCCAUCUGACAGCCCUUGAGAUGUUUGAAGAUGGCUAUCACCUCUCCUCUUAGUCUCCUCUUUUCCAGGCUAAACAUACCCAGCUCCUUCAACUGUUCCUCACAAGGCUUGGUUUCCAGACCCUCCCUUGAUCAUCUUGAUCGCCCUCCUCUGCACAUGGUCCAGCUUGUCAAUAUCCUUCUUAAAUUGUGGUACCAGAACUGGACGCAGUCUUCCAAGUGUGGUCUGACCAAGGCAGAAUAGAGUGGUACUAAUAUUUCCCUUGAUCUGGACACUAAACUUCUGUUGAUGUAGCCUAGAAUAGCAUUAGCCUUUUCUGCCAUUGCAUCACACUGUUGACUCAUAUUAAGCCUGUGGUCCACCAAGACCCCUGGGACCUUUUCACAUGUACUACUAGUAAGCUUUGGGACGCGGGUGGCACUGUGGGUUAAACCACAGAGCCUAGGAUUUGCCGAUCAGAAGGUCGGUGGUUCGAAUCCCUGCGACGGGGUGAGCUUCCGUUGCUCGGUCCCUGCUCCUGCCAGGGAAAGCACGUCAAAGUGCAAGUAGAUAAAUAGGUACCACUCUGGCGGGAAGGUAAACGGCGUUUCCGCGCGCUGACCUGGUUUUGCCAGGAGUGGCUUAGUCAUGUUGGCCAAAUGACCUGGAAGCUGUACGCCGGCUCCCUCGGCCAAUAAAGCGAGAUGAGUGCCGCAACCCCAGAGUCGGCCACGACUGGACCUAAUGGUCAGGGGUCCCUUUACUUACUAGUAAGCCAGGCAUCCCUCAUCUUAUAUUUGUGCUGCUGGUUCUUUCUGCCUUAGCGCAGAGCCUUACAUUUGCCCCAUGGAGACCUUGGAGUCCUAACCUAGGACGUCCUAGGUUCAGAUGUUAUGCCGCUGAGCUAAGAGGCCUACCCCUUUGGGUUUCUAGUGUAAAUAGAUGGUAGCCCUGGAGGAAUUUUAUGCUCCAUCCCGUAGACAAGCACUCAAUGUGAAGGGCGUUUUACAAAACAGAGGAGGACAGCUGCCUGCCCUGAGGAGCUGGCAUGCUAUAAUUUAAAAGUGGGGAGGCAAGAGAGAAAGGGGAGAGAAAUGGAGGCAGGGGGGAAGUUGCCAUUUAUUUCAGUUGCACAAACAGAGGGCUCAGCACCUAGGACUUGCCAAUCAGAAGGUCGGCGGUUCGAAUCCCCGCGACAGGGUGAGCUCCCGUUGCUCAGUCCCUGCUCCUGCCAACCUAGCAGUUCGAAAGCACAUCAAAGUGCAAGUAGAUAAAUAGGUACCGCUCCGGCGGGAAGGUAAACGGCGUUUCUGUGCGCUGCUCUGGUUCGCCAGAAGCGGCUUAGUCAUGCUGGCCACAUGACCCAGAAGCUGUACACCGGCUCCCUCGGCCAAUAAAGCGAGAUGAGCGCCGCAACCCCAGAGUCGGCCACGACUGGACCUAAUGGUCAGGGGUCCCUUUACCUUUUACCAACAUGUAGCCUAGGUUUCCUUGAACUGAGUCAGGCUUAGUUCUGGGACACAAUGUAGAAACAUAUCCUGAAGAAAUGUGAGAAGUAGCUCAAUGGAAAGAUGGGAGGAAGCAAGUGUGAAGCCGCAGUUUGUUUAACGUGGUCUGUGGAAUUAUCCAGCUGUAGAGACCAGCUCAUGUACCUGCUUGUACGGCAACAGCGGCCUACAUAAUCUCUCAGCAGAUUUGAGGCCCCAGAGACUGGAUUCAGACAUACACAGACACAUACACACAGAGAGAGAGGCUGUCUCAGAGGAGACAUUCUGGUGAACGUCUAAAAGGGGCAUCCAAUUACAGAGAGUCUCUCUCUGCUGGUGGCUGAACCACAGAAAGCCCAGGUGUCCCUUUUAAGUGGGAUCAGCCUCAUAAUGACUGCGAGGCGAGCAGAGACUUUUUGCAAGGGCUUCUUUCGAAGGGCACUUCCAGAACCGUCACGUGGGAUUCAGUCACAUGGCAGCGGAUUCAGGCUGUGCGGUUAGUUGACUGGGUCGCCUUGCAAAACAAAGCCGCUUCCUCAAAAUGGCGGACUUUUUUUUUUUGCGAUAAGGAGUGUGACGGGAAAAUGCACUGGGAAAGUGUGCUGUGAAGCUCACUUUGCCACAACAUCAUCUAACCUCCCUGCAAGCAAAUCAGAAACGAAUGCUCAGUAAACAGGUCACCUAGAAACGCCCAAUAUUUUAAAACAUUAGGGGUUCAAGGAGGGAUGACUCCAUUGUGGAGUCGCUACAGUUGUGGUGAAGUUAACAACACUGACAUAUAUCUAAAAAUGACUUUUUAAAUAGACUCCUUUUUUAAAAAGAUGGCUUCUAGUUAAUUACAUGGGGAGGAAUAACCUAUUCAGUAGCUAGAAUGUGAAUUUUCUGAUUCACUGUGUGGACAAUGUGUUCCUGAAAUGACCUAGUUACAUUUUAUUUUAUCAGCUGUUGUACAUGAAUAUAAAAUCAACAAUGCUUACAUAAAAUCCUUUCUACGAACGUGUGCCUUCUUAAUGAUCUUCAUAAGCCGCUCUGGGAGCCUUUUUGGCUGAAGACCGAGUUUAAAAGGCUUUAAUGUUUUUUAUUGUAAAUAUUCUUGCUAAAUAUUUGGCUGCUUAACUUUGAAUCAACGUGAAAUAAUCAGUCUGCCUGGUUUUUUUUUUAACUCCCCUCAUUUGGUGCCUCUUUUGUUUUCAACUUGGCCAUCUCACUUCCUCCCUAGCCAGCUAUAUGGCCCUGUGACCUCCCAUGUCUCACAGCCCUUGAAGAGGUUUACUCCCAGCCAAAAUGCCCAUUCCUUCACAACAGCUAUAUUGAUUGUAAACAUUCCGUGACCUCAGGAUGUUUGUGAACGUCCCAUUGCAUCAACAGCGAGGGAACUCCUUUUGGCCUGUGAACCAGAUCCACUUGUGGGCUACAUUUGGCAAGUGGGCUGGGCUGCCCACUUGGCAAUCGCCUGCUGCAGUAAAACGUUCAGUGAAUCCAGCCCCUAGACAUAGCGGUGCAGCUUGCAUUAAACACAGCUUCAGUUUGGUGCCAAAGGCAAGUCGCGCUGGCAAAGGCAAGCCGCUCUGCUGUGGUCAGAUACACUAGGGAGCUCCUCUUUGCAGGAGUUCCUGGCUGGAUCGGAUGUUUGCUAAAAGCAGCGCUGCUUUUAGCAGACUUCCGAUGCCGUCGGAAGCUCCCAAGUGCAUCUGAUCCCAGCAGAGAGGUUUGCCAAGUUUAAUUUUAUUUAUUUAUUUCAUAAAAGGUAUGCCCUGCUUGAUUGCAAACACACACACACACACACACACACACACACACACACCCCAUGCCUUAGAGCAUCAAAUGCCAGCUGCGCUCGCAAAGGACUGGCCUGGAAUGUACUCUUUAGUCUCCUGAUUCUUCCUUUGCAGGUGAGUGGCAGGUGCGUGUGGCCGGGAGGAAACAGCCCCAGGGACCUCUGACAGGCUUCUUUGGGCCUGGAGGCCAGAGGUUCCCUGUGACUGCAUCACAUCAUUGCAGCCUGAGCAUGUCAAUGUGGAACAUAGCAUAACAUUCACUGAAAUAAAACAGCUUUUCCCAGACGCAGGCUGGGGUACAUGGCAAUCUUCCUGUUGUCCAGACUGACAGGUGGCCCUGCCAUUAUCUAAAGCGAAGUGGCCGCGUCAGAUGCCGGGUUGUUCCUAGCCAGCCCUGCAAAAACCUCAGGCACAAUAGAGAAUGUUGCUUGUGGCCAGUACUGAAGUAAGUUUACACUACCAUUCCAGAAAGUGAUGGACUGUUUCCUUUGCUGGAGGUUUCCAAACAGACGUUGGAUCUGUCAGGGAUUCUCUAGCUGUGAUUCCACCACAGCAGAACUACAUGGCCCGUGGGAUCCCUUCCAUCUCUACAGUUCUAGGAUUCUGUUAUUCUGUGUAUAUGGACCAGGAGAAGGCCCCAUCUUGUCUUUUGCCUCGGGAAGCCAGUUUUGCAACCAUAAAACCAUUGACUUGGCAGGAACCUUGAGGUCCUCCAGUUCAACUACAACCCCAUAGUAGUGCUGUUUUAAGGUUUUUGUACAGUGGCAUUUGAUAACCAUGGAAACUUGACAAAAUCUACCUGAUAUGUUCCAUUUGUUGGUGAUGCAGUCAUGUAAAGAUUGACUUGAUACAUAACAUGAAUACAGAUGUUUUGGUCCCAGAUAACUGAUUGGAAAAUAUUGCAGAUGUGGUCUGGAUCCAAGGAGAGUCUUGUUAGGCUAUUUUAAAAAGCUGGAUUCGGAGCAGGAAGCUGAAUACAUUUGCUAUCCAUUAAUGUCUGCAAAAAUCUAAAAGUCUGACAUUCAGCAGGAAUUGAGAUAGCUUAAGUUAUACACUGAGGCUGAUACCCAGCUAAGAUGCUCAUUUACAAAAGUCAGUUGAUUUCAAUGGGUUUACUCUGCAUACGACUAAUAUCAGAUAUAACUCCGAGAAAUUCUGUUGAUCAGUGAUCUGGCAUUUAAAACUGUCCUUUUAAAAGUUCAGAAAUGGCAAAACCAUUCAGAGAAGAUGGGUAUGAUAGCGUUCAGCAUUUGAGCUGAAAUAUUAAUCUCGCUGAAUUUAAUUGUGUUGACAUAUUGGAUCAGGUGAUGGUAAUGGAUUGCCCAAGAUGGAUAAACGUUAAGGCAGGAUAUGGCACUGUAAUAUUAAAUCUUUGCCUUGAUAUUAAUUGUGAUUGCUAUACAUAUAAUAUUUAUCGUAUGAUUCAUUAGGCCGCUUUUGUCAUAACCCAUGUGUAGUUUUGAUACAUUUCCCAAUAAAGCAAUGGUGACAAGAUGCGUAGACACAUUAUUAAAAGAAUGCUGUCACUGCUUUGUCUAAUUCAUGAUAUCGCAGAGCAGUUUCGGGCUAAAUUGCAAAAGCAGCUCAUGGAGAGUUUGCUUCGCCUGAUCUUAAAUGCCAAUCUCAUUGUUUAGGAAAUCUCUGUGAUGAAGGUGCAAGCUAGGACUGUCAACAGAUUAAAAGAUAUUGUAGCUGAUGGAUGAUCAAUAACAUAUAAACAGACAUCACAGCAGGUUCUGCUCCUGCAGUAGAAACCUGGCUUCCUCUCAACAUCACAAAUUAAAGGAGAGUUGCACAACGGACUAGUAACUCAAAGGCUGCCUUGUCCAUCACUCUUCCUCCUUGCCUCAUGCUUCAAACAGGCUGCUGACAUUUUUUUUAAAAUGCCAUGCACACCUUUACCUAGCCACAGUUAAUGCUUGCCUUGCUGUUGUUUUUAGUUACUGAAACUAUUUUAAAAGAACUGCAAACUGCUUCAGAAAGAGAGGGUUUGUGACGUCACCAGUGCCAGCCAGUUAGUACUCAGUACAGUGGUACCUUGGUUCUCAAACUUAAUCUGUUCCGGAAGUCCGUUCCAAAACCAAAGUGUUCUAAAACCAAUGCGUAAUGCAAAAUGGAUUAAUACGUUCCAGACUUUUAAAAACAACCACUAAAACAGCAAUAUAACAUGAAUUUUACUAUCUAAUGAGACCAUUGAUCCAUAAAAUGAAGGCAAUAAACAAUGUACUGUAGUCAGGCAAUCAAUCAAUCAAUCAAUCAAUCAAUCAAUCGGUAGCUGAACUGGGUUCCACACAGUCACAAAAACAAAACAAAAAGAGCCGCAAAAACAGACAGACCUCAGCGUAACACUCAAAACGGAAGUGUGGCACUCAAAAGGGAAGCAUAAGACUCAAGAUGGAGCAUGUUCAGCUUCCAAAAAAAGUUUGCAAACCGGAACACUUACUUCCGGGCUUGCAGUGUUUGGGUUCCAAGUUGUUUGAGAACCAAGGUACCACUGUACUCAGGGAACAUAGGAAAAGUUGCUGUAUCCCAGGUCAGACUAUCCGGUGACAGGCAGCAUCUCUCUUGAGUGUCUUUUCCGGGCUCACUUGCAAAUGCUAGGGAGUGAAUCUGAGAGCUUUGCAUGUGGCCAAGUCAAAUCUGCCACUGAGCUACGACAGGGAUGUUGGAGCAUUAAAACUCCAAUAUUGCCUAGUAUUGUAUUUGCAGCUGGCACCCAUUGUCUGUUCUUAAUUUAGCUUAUAAAACAAAAAACCUUCUGCAGAACAAUGGGAAAUUAUUAUUAAUUAAUUUACAUAUAGCUUAAUGCCACGACAGGCAUCUAAGCCGUUUACAAAUAUAAAAAAAACAACUUACACUGGCACUAAAAUAUAAACAUCCAUCAUUAAAAUACAUAAUGAAACAUAAUAAUACUUACAACAAACCUAGCAAUUGUGCAAUUAAAACUUAAGCUGCGUGCCUGCCAGCUAUUUAAAGCGCAUUCCUUCCCAAAUAGAAUCCUGGGGACCGCAACACACCUACAAUUCCCAGCACCCUUAACAAACUACAGUUCCUGUGACUCUUUGAAGGGAAGGUGUGCUUUAAAUAUAGGGUGCCUACAAAACCUUUGGCUGCAAAAGGUGCCUUGGGAGGGAAACACAAGUGCAUGUGUAAAAAAUGCAAUUGUACGGAAUAAGAUUUCUUUUUCUGCUCUGAAUGUGUUCUUCUGACAUCUCUCCUUGCAGUUGUGAUUCUUUACAUCCAAGGAACUGCGGACAAGGAAUGGAGAGAGGUGAGCAGCCGCAGGCACACACACACACACACACACACACACACACACACACCCUUCUGCUUCCAACGCACCUGUUACACCAGCACAGACCCUCAUUGGUCAAACCUGCUGGGAGGUCAGCCAAUGAGCUGCCUGCUGCCUUGUUUAGGGAAGCUUUUAAUGUUUGAUGUAUUACAGUAUUUUAAUUUUUUUUUUGGAAGCCGCCCAGAAUGGCUGGGGAGGCCCAGCCAGAUGGGCGGGGUAUAAAUAAUAAAUUAUUAUAAUAUUAUUAUUAUUCCCUUCCUCUGUCAGGUCCAAUCCACAUGGUCACCAUCAGCUGUACUUGGCAGGUACUAGGGUUGUAUCCAGGAGAUAUGAACUCUGACUCUGAAGUCCCCCUGGGCUGUGGGUGGCGUGGCGGAUGCGGUCUGUGCUUGCCGCUAGAUUUAUUUUAGAGUCUAGACUUGAUGGGUCUUACAUCCCCCCGCCCUCUUUGGAAUGAAAACGUCUCACUUGCUUCAAAAUGUGGUAGCUGGUAGCCCAGCCCUGCUGAGUUUCUCACCCUGGGGCCUGGUCCUCCAACCCAAAUCCUGCCCAGGAAACAACCACUGGGUAUAGCUUCCUUGGCACUCGGGGGCAAAUUGCUCCCCAGCAGCUGCCGCUUCCACCAAACCUUGACUUUUUGUGGAGGGACAGCUUUGCUUUGGCCAGAGGCAUGUGGCUCUUCUAGGCUGGGGUGGGAAACCUGUUGGCCUCUAGAUCACUGGUGAGUCAGGACCCAUCAUUGGGUCAUGUAUAGACCAAAGUUAGUGAAGUGUAGGCGGGCUCCCACGAGGCUAGACACAGUGAUAACAACAAGAACCUUUAUUGAACUAUGUAACUGGGAAAGAGAGGCAAAACAAUGGCUUAUAUACAUUUCUGAAAGCCUGGGCCACUCCCACUCCCAACGUGAUUGGCUGUCUAAACUUCCAAACUGCGAAUCACGACUCAGAGUUCAAGGGCCAGUGGCAGAGGCCCAAAUCCUGAAAUGUUCUGUGAUUGGACAACAUGUAUCGAAUCAGGAGCUCAGAAUCCUUAGUCCAGACUGAAGCUCAGACCACUGAAUACAUAACAGUUGGGGUUUGGCAGCAGGACCGUCACCAUACAAAUGUAUGUUUAGAAAAAUAAGCAGUGGGCCCAAAUGGGUGUUUGGGUUAAAGGCAGUUCCCGGAUCUGAAAACGAAAGACUGUUUCUAUUCCUGGACUACAACUCCCAUCAUCCCUGACCAUUGGUCAUGCUGGCUGGGACCGACCAACACCACCUGGCAAGGCCACAGACUCGCCACCCUUGAUCUAAGCUAUGGAUUGGGAGGGUUAGUGAGUCAACAACCCAAGAGCCCUCCCAGCCCUGUCCUCCAUGCAAACAUACAAGGAUUGAGUAUACAGUGAUACCUCGGGUUAAGUACUUAAUUCAUUCCGGAGGUCCGUUCUUAACCUGAAACUGUUCUUAACCUGAAGCACCACUUUAGCUAAUGGGGCCUCCCGCUGCCACCAGGCCGCCGGAGCACGAUUUCUGUUCUCAUCCUGAAGCAAAGUUCUUAACCUGAAGCACUAUUUCUAGGUUAGCUGAGUCUGUAACCUGAAGCGUAUGUAACCUGAAGCGUAUGUAACCCGAGGUACCACUGUACACCAAACAUGCAAAGUGCAUGGCUUCCCCCAAGGAAUCCUGGGAACUGCAGCUUACCCCACCACAAUGCUACAAUUCCCAGCACCUGUAACAAACCGCAGUCUCCAGGAUUAUUGUCCCCGUCCCCCCCAAGGAGGGUGCUUUAAAGGUGUGGUGUGUUCGCAGUCCAUAUAUGCAACAAGGGGUUGCAACUGCCACCUGUUUAACCUUCUGCAUUUCCCCUUCUGUUUUUUCUUACCUCCCUGUCCCAGUUUGGCCGCACGGAGGUGAUCGACAACACGCUGAACCCAGAGUUUGUCCGGAAAUUUGUGCUUGACUAUUACUUUGAGGAGAAGCAGAACCUUCGUUUUGAUGUGUGAGUCGCUUCUGGUCCUCUCCCCGACUUUGUGCCCCUGCCCUGACCCCCUUUUCUCUUACCACCCCUCUGCUUGCUUGAUUCCUGGUUCUCUUUUCAUAGAACCAUAGAAUGGUGGAGUCGGAAGGGACCUUGGGGGGUCAUCUAGUCCAACCCCCCUAAAUUAAGACUCGAACCCACAACCCUGAGAUUAAGAGGCUCGUUGCCAGGGGCAACGCUGGAUCCUUAAAAGACUUUUGGCACAAGCCCAGAACAACUGGCACUCCAUCCCUGGCACAGCUGAAACUUUAGGGUCACUUUCAAAGGAAAAGCCAUCCUGCAAACUAAACUUUUUUUAAAAUUUAGGUUUUAAGAGGGGAGGGAGGAAGGAGAUCCGGGGUCCGAUGCAAAAGGGUAGGGCUCCAGCUCCCAUGGUCCACCUCUGGCCUUCUACAUUCCUGUCCCAGAUUGCAGUGCUGAGGCCUGCUUUCAAACCCUAUUCCAAGCCAGACCUUCAAUAUGUUCCAGGGCCGGAUUUAGGUUUGAUGAGGCCCUAAGCGACUGAAGGUAAUGGGGCCCUUUAUAUGUCCACCUGCCCUUUGUCAAAAACAAAUUGUCGCUGGUUUUUUGUGUGUUGAAUAUAUGCUAUAUGGUAAUUUAUGGACCUAAUAGGUAUCUAAAGCCAUUGGCACAUAACAAAAUAUGUAUUUUAUCAAAGUAAUUGUGGAACUGAAAUACAAUUAAGUAUAAUAAUAGUGAAAUACAAUUAAGAAGAAGUAUAUGAAUAGUGAAAUAAUUAUUAAACUCUAACUGUAUGUAGGUUUUAUUUUAUUAGUUUUUUAUCUUAUAUUUUGGAAAUGUACAUCCAGUUGUUUUUUCCGUUAAUUUUUUUUGGGGUCCCCAAGAGAGUGGAGCCCUAAGCUACAGCUUGUUUAGCUUAUACGUAAAUCCGGCACUGAUAUGUUCUAACACCAAGGCAGUAAUGCACUUUCUCUGUGCUUUUCCCAGCUACAAUGUGGACUCCAAGACUAGCAACCUUCCCAAAAGCGUGAGUACAUACCUCCCUAAAUACGUCUGCAAAGGGGUUUUCUGCAGAGAUGGGACCUAGAAAAUGCAGUUUGUUGAGGUCCUGGAAAGUCUGUUGCAAGUUGAAGGAAGGGAGGGAGGGAGGGAGGAAGUGCUGUGUUUUCCAAAAAAAGAACACAAAAUGUUGGGCAGGAAAAUAACCAUCUGCCUUGGGCAAUGAGCAUUAAUACCCGGAGAGCCCAGGAUAUUUUUGAAUUGUAGAGCUGGAAGGGCCCACAAGAUCCAUCUAGUCCAACCCUCUGAAAGUGUAGGAAUCUCAAUUGAAGCAUGGCCAUCCAACCUCUGCUUAACAACCUCUAGGGAAGUAGAGUCCAUCAUCUUCCAAGGGAACUUGUUCCGCUGUCAAGCAGCUGAAAUAUACUCUGAAUCAAGAUUAGAUUUCAUGCUCUUUAUUCAGCUCAUAGUGGUGAGGAGGAAUGGAAGUUCCCCCAGAAUGUCUGCUUUAUGUACAUUAUUUACACAAUGGGCCCUAUGUGAUUGGCUAAUUCUGGGAUUCACCUCUAGGCCAACCAGGUUGCGGAUUCACUUCCACCUGGAGCUGGAUUGGGUGGCUCCUGUGGACCAAUCAGACUGCUGCAUUCUGAAUCCUGUUGUUCUAGGACCAAUCCGACUGCUGCCUUUUGGGUCCUAGUCAACUCAGUACAUAACAGCAGCUCUUACAAUCAAAAAGUUCCUCCUGAUCAUAGAACUGUAGAUUUGGAACCGCAAGAGUCAUCUAGUCCAACCCCUCGCAAUACAGGAACCUUCUUGCCCAACAUGGGACUCGAACCCACAGCCCCGAGAUGAAAAGUCUCGCUCUCUACAACUGAGCUGUCUGUUUAGUCGGGAUCACAUUUUGUGCCAUUUGCUCACACGGCAUGAUUUACAGUGGGUUUGGGGUCUCUCCAGAACAGAUUUUUGGGGAUGCUUUGAGCCAAGCCCAAAGUGGAAAUUUGGGAUAAGGUGGGGGAGCUCUUUGGGGAUUCCUGAAUAGUAGCAGGGAUGGUGCCUCUAACUCCUGUAUCUUGAAUUUUAUUUCCAUGCUGCGUUUCCCAUUAUGACCUGCGUAGAAGGUAAGUUACCUCCGCCCCUUGAAGUGGCCACGCUGCCCUCUGCUGGUGGAGCCGGGUAGAGUGUGGUUGGGCUGGACCAAGCCAGGUUAGCAACAUAGGAAAUUGCCUUACAACAAGGCAGAGGGUUGCAUACUCUCCAACAUGCCGCAGAGGAAAAUCGGGAUGCGCGUCUUUUGGAGACACGCUCCUGCGUGAAACACGUGGCUCGCGAGAGAGCACAGGCCCACAAUUUUUUGGGGGGUUGCGAUUUUGCGGGAGCCAAAACAGGACGUUCCAGGAUCCAGUCUGAAGCUGGGAUGGCUUCUGUAUUUCUGGGAUGUCCUGUGAUCGGCCCAUUGAACACAGAGCAUUGUUGACAUGCUGCCUGGCAGCAGCUCUCUGGCAUUCCCAGGUGAGAGUCUGUCCCAAGCUCUACCUGGAGACACCAGCAAUUGCAAGUGGGACUUUUUGCAUGCAGUGCUCUUGCUGCGGCCCUUGCCACGGGUUGGGAGGGGAUCAGCGGUGGGAGACAGCACCCGUCUCAGCCAGCUUUUGUGUACCAUAGACCACACCUGGUGUAAAAACAGUCACCACCCUGGCUCCAUGCCUGAGCACAACGACUCCAGGGCAUGGGCAAAAAAUAGCAUGGGCAAAAAAUAGCAGAGCAGUAGACUGCCUUAAGGGACACGGGUAGUGCUGUGGGUUAAACCACAGAGCCUAGGACUUGCUGAUCAGAAGGUCGGCAGUUCGAAUCCCCGUGACGGGGUGAGCUCUCGUUGCUCAGUCCCUGCUCCUGCCAACCUAGCAGCUCGAAAGCACGUCAAAGUGCAAGUAGAUAAAUAGGUACCGCUCCAGCAGGAAGGUAAACGGUGUUUCCGUGCGCUGCUCUGGUUUGCUAGAAGCGGCUUAGUCAUGCUGGCCACAUGAUCCGGUAGCUGUAUGCCGGCACCCUCGGCCAGUAAAGCAAGAUGAGCGCUGCAACCCCAGAGUCGGUCACGACUGGACCUAAUGGUCAGGGGUCCCUUUACCUUUAGACUGCCUUAAGCGCAGCUCUCGAGUUGCUGAGCCCAAAGAAACACACACAGGCAGCAGAAUUCACCAGCAAUAGUUUACUGAGGUUUAAAAGAGCAAAAUGGUUGCAAAGUCCAAGUUCUGACAGGAUUCCCAGUAAGGUUCAAAAAUACUUCUUCAGCUCAUGAGAGCUCAUCCAGUUACAGAAACAAAAGAGCAGACAGGAUAGAUAGACUGUACAGAAUAGAUAGACUGUACAGAAAAGAGAUACAGAACUGCUCUGCAGGCAGAAGAUACAGACUCACCUCAGAGCAGCAGCCUUGGGUCUCACAAACUCACCUGAUAAACAACAGCUUCAGGCUUGUCUGUUUAGAAAGCGUGAGGAAGUUUUGCACCCAUAAAACUCACAAUCCCUGACAUAUUCAGAGUUGGGCCAUUUUAAGGCCAUGUUUAAGACCUUGUGGCGGGCCGGACUAUAUUUUGGAGGGGGGAAAUGAACAAAUUCCUAUGCCCCACAAAUAACGCAGAGAUACAUUUUAAGUAAAAGCACACAUUCUAUUGAUGUAAAAACACCAGGCAGGCCCCACAAAUAACCCAGAGAUGCAUUUUAAAUAAAAGGACACAUUCUACUCAUGUAAAAAACACACUGAUUCUUGGACUGUCCGCGGGCCAGUUUUAGAAGGCGAUUGGGCCGGAUCUGACCCCCGGGCCUUAGUUUGCCUACCAAUGUUCAAGUCCUUGCAAUGCAGCUGGGAUGAGAGGGUGCUUGGUGAUGAGUAGGAAAGUACCUGCUAGAUCUCUCAGUUGCCAUAGAAAGCUGGCGAUGCAAGAGGGCAGAAAUGGGCAUUAAAUUACCAAAUUGUUGGCUCUGUAAUGAAGUGGGGGGGGGGUGUCUCCCUGCCCAUCCUCUCCUCGCCCCGCAAAUCAUCUGUGAUCUCUCUCUUUCUCUCUCUCUCUGCCUGGCAGGGCUUCCUAGGACAGGCCUACAUGGCCCUGGGAGAGGUCAUCGGCUCCCAAAGGGGUCGCCUGGAGCGGCCCCUCACGUGAGUCACCAUCAUCAUUUAUGCUUUUGAUUAUUUCAUAAAACUCAUACAGCACUUGAUUGGUUUUUUGUUUUUUAAAAAAGCACCUCAAAGCCAUUUACAAAAAGAUGAAAGGAGAUAAUUGGGGGGAGGGGGGAAUACAACGAUACUUUAAAAAAAUACAAAAAGUUAAAGUAGUAAAAGAGAAUAAAAAAUUAUUUGAAUGCCACCUUUCCAUGGUAAAUUGUCCUCAAGAUCACUCCCUCCCGGCUGGGCAAUAAUUAUUUGGGAAAUAAUUCACAAAAGUGAGACUUCCCUCCAGAGUGAACGACGGUUUGUUUGCUUCUGGGAUGAAGAACCAGAGGUGAUUUGUUUUAUUUAGUUCAUUUUGCCAAUAUGUCUUUAAAAUGGGGGUGGAGAAUUUGUGUUGGACUCCAGGUCCCACUAGCCCAGGCCAACAUAGCCAAUGAUGGUCAAGGAUAAUGGGAGCUGUAGUCUAGCAUCGACAGUAACAGGUUCCCCAUUUCCUCUUUAAAACAUGGAGCUUCCACAAUCACGGUUGUCCUUGAACGUGCUCGGGGGGUUUUUAUGCCCAUUUUAGCUCCGGUUUGUAAACGUUUGAUACCCCCAAAGGUAAUGAGAAAGAAAAUAUUAAUAAAGGCCUUUCAGUGCUGUAGCUUUCGUUUGUUCAAUUCUAAGUGCACGGAGACUUUUCAGCAUUCUUCGCCCCCCGGAAAGGGCACCUCUGAUUCGCGCGUUUUAAUUUUUCUUAAAAGUGAAGUAAUUGACGAAUCAGUUCAAAGCAUCCUCGUUAAUUGAUUUAUUAAGACGUUUAAUUGAUUGGCAGCCUAGUGAAAAGCAGAAUCUAGCUCCCUAGAGGGGCAUGCCAGCCAAGUGGACAGAAAGGGAUGCUUAUUUCAACUCUCCAAACCUGGAGGUACGUUCCCCAUUGGCUUGAAACACCUUGCACCGAAUGCCUCCUGCUGUAACGCAAAGGCCCCGCCAGAACCACCCGUCUCCCCCCUUUGGGGCUUUUUAGCUAGCAGCAAGGGCAAAAUGGAGGCUAUCAGGACCUGUCGCUCCUUCCAUCACUAAUUAUUUUUGACAGGGCGUCCUUCUCACCACUGCCUGUCUCCCAAAUACACAAAGUCAGAAUGGAUUGGCCGCUGCCACACCGAUUAAAGUCAAUUUGCCAUGUUGCAAAGGGGGAAACAGGCUUGUCACUGCCACGCUACCCAGCCUCUGCAUUGCUCCCAUCUCCCUCUAUGUCUCCUCCAAGCAAGGGGUCUUGAUCCCGCUAAUAAGGCUCAUGCCAGGGAUGGGGGAAGCUACGGCCCUCCAGAUUUUUUGGGACUCCUACUCCCAGCAGGUCCAGCUAGAUGGUUAGUGGUCAAGGAGGAUGGAAGUCAGACUCAAACAACUAGGGAUGUGGGGUGGUGGUAAUAUAAGUGACUUUCCAUAUCAUGCUUCCCAAAUGGCAGAUUUCAGGUAGGUCCUGGGGGGUUCUUUGUCAAUCUAAUCUCCCUGAACCGCUUUUGUUUUCUAGUUCAGGGGAACUUUGACUUGAAAGUUCAGAAACACCCAUGGUGGGCUCCUUGCUGUUCUGAAGCGAUGCAUUCUGGGAAUUCUCUGGCAUUGAGUGCGGAGGAGUUCUUUAUCUUGUGUUUUGCCAGCCACACACACAGAAAGUCACUUUAUGAGGAUUAGUUACAUCUUAGCACCUUGUUAAGAGCCUGUUACUCCUUUUAGUUAAGGUGAUUACAGAGGGAUUAAAAUAGGGGAAUUAGCAGCAGGGUAAAAGGCUGGGCCAAAAAGAGCUCGCUUUCACUUUGUUGCUGCUUUUCAGGGGUAUUUCAGGGAUGAGGAACCUGGGGCCCUUUAGACAGGACCAGGCUCCAACUUCCAUCAGCCCCAGCCAGCAUAGCCAUUGGUCAAGGACAAUGGGAGUUGUAGUCCAAUAUCUGGGAGGGCUGCCGGUUCCCCAUCCUUCUUGCAGCACCAAAGAAGAGGCAGCCACCUUCUUGGCUGACAAGGCCUUCCACUGGUUGGUGGUUCAGAGUAAUAUUUGAACUUUCUCUCCUGAGUCCUGCCCAGUUACUCCAGUAACGUCACCACACAAGUGUCAGCAAAGCCAGCACGAAUGAGGCCUUUCUGUGUGCAGCCAUGGGAUGUAGAGUACUUUCAAACUAAACCUGUGUGUGUCUCUUUCUUUCCUUUUAGGGGGGUUCCGGGAAAGAAAUGUGGUACAAUUGUGCUGUUCGCUGAGGAGCUCAGCAACUGUCGGGUGAGUUGCCUCCCAACGUUGCUGGGAACCGUAGUUUCUGCCUCACCAAGCUACCCUUCCUAGCACCUGUGGCAAACUACAGUUCCCAGAAUUCUUUGAGGGGAAAGUCACGUGCUUUAAAUGUAUGUUGAAUGCGGUUUAAAUGUAUGGCAUGCAUCUGCACUCAUUGAACGCAGCAGGGCUUGCUUCAGAAAUGUAUAGGAUCGCACAAAUAUGGCAGUGAUGCAUUUAGAUAGAUUUUUGAACGCCUGCUACAUUUCGGUCAGGGCGAGCCAAUUCAGUGCCCUCCAGAUGUUGUGGACUACAACUCCCAUCAUCCCUAAUCACUGGCUAUGUCGGCUGGCUCCAGCAACAUCUGGAGAGCCACAGGUUCCCUGUCUCUGUUUAAAAGGAUGCUUCCUUCACUGGGCAUAGAUGACCAGUGAAGUGGCAGUUGAGGGGAAGGCCUGAGCACAACCCAAAAUAAACCCUCUGUGUGGAUAUAACCUUAUUGUUAUCCCCAACCGGCGAUUUCGCCAACAACUGGUGACUGAGUGGUUCUCUGGGCUCAGGGCCACAGAGUGGGAUGAAGUAAGGCAACAACUGUCCAAAAAGGAAACUGGAGUCCAGGAUUUUGCAGGCCUCUGAUGACUGACCUGCCUCAGAUUAGUUGUAUCCAUCCACCAUUUCCCUCCCUCUUGCCCUUAGCCCAUGGGUAGGAAAACUAAGGCCCAGGGGCCGGAUCCGGCCCAAUCGCCUUCUAAAUCCGGCCCACAGACUCCCGCGGCCCGGGAAUCAGCAUGUUUUUACAUGAGUAGAAUAUAUCCUUUUAUUUAAAAUGCAUCUCUGGGUUAUUUGUGGGGCCUGCCUGGUGUUUUUACAUGGGUAGACUGUGUUCUUUUAUUUAAAACACAUCUCUGGGUUAUUUGUGGGGCAUAGGAAUUCGUUCAUAUAUUUUUUUCAAAAUAUAGUCCAGCCCCCCACAAGGUCGGAGGGACAGUGGACUGGCCCCCUGCUUUAAAAGUUUGCUGACCCCUGCCUUAGCCCCUUCAUAUAUGCUGACCGCCACUUCAGUACGCUUAAGGUACAUCACCUGACGCCUCCUUGAUUUCAGGCUAUAAAGCUUUCUUUCUGCUUUCCCCCCCUGCCGUAUCGGUUUCUUCUACCCACAAACUGUUCACUCUACAAGCACAGCACCCCUUGCACUAAGCUUGUGCUGUUGGCUCUGUCCUCACGCUACAGUAAGCCCACAACUUACACAGCGGUUACCUUCCAGGGAUCACACCUAAAGCCGAAACAGGCAGCGACUGUUUUGCACACAUCCAACUGAUGCGCGACUACUGACACAUGGGUCCUUUGGGACCCGGAGGAGGGCACAAAGAGGGCAGAAGGGGGGGGGCUUAUGCCCUUUUAAAAUGGCACCUCCUAUGCCCCUUUUGUGCCUGGCAUGCUCUGGUCCAUGGGGUCACGAAGAGUUGGACACGACUAAACGACUAAACAACAACAAUGCCCCUUUUAAAAUCUGGGGGUUUUUUUGAGGAGGGGUUAUUGGGUUGUUGCUUUUAUUUUGACAAUAUAUCUUGUGGUUUUAUAUUUUGAUUUUGUUCUGUGAACCGACCGCCCUGAGACCUCUGGGUAUAGGGCGGUAUAUAAAUUCAAUAAAAAAUUAUUAUGUGCCUUGCGCCAACAUACACAGGGACCACGAACAAACCCGCCCCCCAUGCAGAGUGGUCACCACCUGUAUGGUCAAAACACAUUAGGUUCAAUGGCUGGUGGGAUUGCCAAAGUCAGUUCCCUGGAAACCCCAGGAAACUUCCUCCUCCUUGGUCUCAGUGUUGCCCUUGUAAGGAAGAGGACGGCGGAGACAAAAUGAUAAUUCAUUAGCCCUGCCUACGAUUGGCUGCGGCUGUGCCUCUCAUGGGCUCAGGCGCCACCUGCUGUUGUCCUCCUGCCUUACGCUCUGCCAGUCCCAUGGGCUAUGCAUAUAUUAGUCUUGAGGAUGUCCCCACCUCAAUCUGAUCCAGCUUUUCCCUUCCAGGACAUUAUCACCAUGCAGCUGUGUGCGAACAAGCUGGACAAGAAGGAUUUCUUUGGCAAAUCCGACCCCUUCCUUGUUUUCUACCGCAGCAACGAGGAUGGCACGUACGCAAGAAAUACCUGACACCCGCCUUAACUGUAAUGUUUGUGGCAGAGCCAUUCCUUGAUCCAGAACAUGAAUUCCAGAAUGCUCCGGGCUUGCAGUAGGCAGAGGGAGAGGGGAGUUCUGGAAGGAAGAAGGUCUAGCCUGCGUGUAGCUGUUAAGCAAGGAAGGAUCUCUAAAAUAUACCUCCUGCCUAAUAAGAGUGGUCUGAGUCCAGGUUCUUAUUUCCCAGGACUCUGAACACAACACAUGUAGAAUUGUAGUGCUGGAAGGAACCCCAAAGGUCAUCCAGUCCAACCCCCCUGCAAUGCAGCAAACUAAAACAUCAGUUUCUGCGCUUUACUCAUAUUCCAUUUGACAUUGUGGCUCCAUGUGCACUACGUAUUUAAAGCAGCAUCAUACCACUUCAAACAGGGCUUCCCCUCGCCCCAAUGAAUCCUGGGAACUGUAGUUUGUUAAGGGUGCUGAGAGUUGUCAGGAGACACCCCCCCCAUAGUCCUCACAGAGCUACAGUUCCCCAAGUUGUUCAAGAGCCAAUCCCUCUUCCCAGUGAACUCUGAGAAUUGUGGCUCUGUGAAGGGAAAUGGGGGUCUCCUCACAACUCGCAGCACCCUUAGCAAACUACAGUUCCCAGGAUUCUCUGGGGGAAGCCGGACGCUUUAGGAGCAAGAUGUGGGCAGACGCUCAGGCCAUCACCAAAACACAUGCUUUUUAAUCCGUGUGUAGUAAAAAGGAAAACAUUGAGAUCUGCAGCUAAACACGAUGUGCUGAGGUUUAUGGUUUCUGCUUAGAUGUAGCUAAAAGUACGGGACCCUCGUGCCCAUGAGAUGAAUCCCUAACGUAUCGUACGGCCCGCCCAAGUCAUAACCCUUAACCAUCCAUAUUUCCCGCCAUGCCUAUAUUGCCUUUUCGUUUCUGCCGCCAUGCCCACAAACACACACAGCAGCGCUUCCUGUUCUCCUGUGCCCAUUGCCAUGACCCUUUUCCUGCUUCCAGGUUCACCAUCUGCCACAAGACGGAGGUCGUGAAGAACAACCUGAAUCCCGUGUGGCAGCCAUUUUCCAUCCCUGUGCGGGCCCUGUGCAAUGGGGACUAUGACAGGUCAGAGUUUAUAUACUGUUCUGAUAAUUGUAAGGUUCUCACACAGACUGCGGGCCGCACUACAAAAAAUCUUCCUUCAAAAUUGGGAAGUACAGUGGUGCCUCGGUUUUCGAGCGUCUUGGAAGCCGAACAUUUCUGUUUUUUCUAACACCAAAAACCCGGAAGUAAUUGCUUCCUUUUUCGAACACUUUUCGGAAGUCGAAUGACUUCCGCUGUAUUUUUUUUAAAAAAAAUUCAAUUGACUUUGCCGACUAACCUUUGCGCCUCGGCUGUCGAAUGUUUCGGAAGUCAAAUGGUCUUCCGGAACAGAUUAUGUUCGAUGACCGAAGUACCACUGUAUUCCCUGGAAACAAUAAGGCACUUUGUUUUAGCACACAGAACAAUCCUGAAGCCAUCUUGGCUGUCUUAGUGACCCCAAAUAUUUCCCCUGAGGUAGAUGGAUGUGCCUUGAGGGGGCGGGGUGGGAAACCCUUUCCCAACCUUUCUUUUCACUUCCAAAUCUUUCAAAUCCUGUUGAAAGAGCAUAUUUUGUGUAUGAAUAGGAGGGGGGUGGGCAGGUCUGUGACAAUGGUUUCAGAAACUAGGGUAUUUUUAGCUUUUCAAAGGAAUGGCCCUGCAAUCAGCAACCAUUAUCAGGUAUCUUGACAAACAGGAGAAAAAGCCACACUUCAGAAUCUCCACAUAGGGAUGGCAGAGACCUCAGCCUGUAAUUCUAAAGAGAGAUUCUGUCCACUACUGUAGACAGUACUAAGCUACAUGCAGUAUUGCUGGGUUAAGGCAGCAGUCUGUGUUCCUGUGUAUGGCAUCAGUUCUAGCCCCAAGGGUUGAGUAUUUCUGACAAAGGCCCUCACAGAGCACCCAAACAGAUCAGAGGUUGUGGGAAAGUGUUUCGCACACACAAGCCCCGCUAGUCGGGGACCUUCUCAGAACCGAAAUAUUUAUUUCAGCCUUGGUUUGUCACUUGCAUUCCAGGACGGUGAAGAUUGACGUCUUUGACUGGGACCGGGAUGGCAGGUGAGGAGGUGGUGGGGUCUGCAAGUCUCUAGAACAUUCUCUGGUUCUGUGGGAGAACCAACCUAUGGGUCACUUUGAGGAUCAGUCACUCAAAAGAGGAUAUAUAAAUCACAUACAUGUGUGAUUUUGUAGUGCAGUCCUGUGCACAUUUACUUGGAAAUAUUUUCUUUCUUCUUCUUUGGCGAUCACUCGUAGUUGAGUAAGAUUGUCUUAACAGUGAGUAACACGGUCUGAACAGUGAGUCCGUAAGUGACUGUGGAGGCCAAUUCUGGAUCCACACAUCCUUCCACAGUGGGGACACAGGUUUCCAGGCGGGAUCAUGGUGAGAGUUUGCCAAGCGUGCCUUUCCUCUUUCGUCCUGAGUUCGAGCAUUUUCAAAGUCCAUGACACAUUUGGUAAAGGCUGUUCUCCAAUUGGAGCACUCGCAGACAAGUGUUUCCCAGUUGUCAGUGUUUAUACUGGGUUUUUUUAGAUUUGCCUUGAGUCUUUAAACUUCUUUUGUUGACCACCAGCAUUACACUUUCUAUUUUUAAGUUCGGAAUAGAGUCGUUGUUUGGAAGACGGUAAUUAGGCAUCCGAACAACAUGACCAGCCCAACAAAGUUGAUGUUGAAGAAUCAUUUGCCUGGAAAUAUAUCACGUUGAAGUCGCAGGGUUUACUCCUGAGUUACGUGUGUAUAGGACUGCAGCUAUUUAGGCUUGAAUUAGUCUCUGCCAACCCAGUGCCCUCCGGAUGUUCAGGGCUAUAAUUCUCAUCAGCCCCACAUGCUGGCUGUGGGGUUAAGAGAGUCACAGUCCAGGUUGAUGAACUCUGACUUUAAUAAUGAAAAUAAAGAAGCAGGAGAAGAAAAAUCCCAAACAACACCAUUUUCAAAGUAAUCGAGUUGUUCUCUGUUGAACUCAGGCUGGAAGUAGCAAGGAAGACUUGGCCAGGGCUAAGGGAGAACCAUCCCAGGACAUCUAAUGUAGCAAAUACGACAUUAUUAGCAAAUAGGCACAUAGGCCUAAAAGGUUUACAAGCUAGUGAGGAAAGCACUGUGCGAAUAGAAUAAAGGAACAGAGCACUUCAGAGCACUAGGGCCAGAAAAGCACAGUUGCCCUAAAGCAACAGAGGGAUCUGCCUCUGCGUUAGGGGUCCCUGAGAGCAUCCUCUCUGCUCCUGUUUGCAGAAAUAUUUCUGCUCUUCCCCUUCCCGGCUUCCAAGGCCCUUUCUAAAACAUUCGACCUGAAAGUGCUUUCAGCGCUCCCGUUUUGUGCAGUUCUUUACAAAAAAUAUAUAUAUCACAGCCUCUGUUUUCUUUCUGAAUAGGGCCAAGAUCCAUGCAUGAGAAAGGUGGCAGAGUGAACUGUACCACUUCUGGCUGCAGGUGGGAGAUACCAUUUCUAAUGCUCCCCUGAAAGGAACCUGCAGUUUGUGGGGAGAGAGAGAGAGGAGAGAGAGAGGUUUUAGCUCAGCACACUCCCUGCUGUGAUUAAUUCCCUGCUUGCAGGUUUCUGUUUCUGAAUGCAGGAGAGCACUCAGAAACAGUUAUCUCCUUCCCCGCCUGCUUUCUGGACUGGUACAUUUUACCAUCUCAAUCUGCUGCAACCUGGAGGGCAUUAAGUUGGCCAAAGUUGUUCUGGUGUAUAUGUAGAUCUAUGAAGCAGGGCUGCAGAACCAGUGGCCUGCUGCUGCUGCUGCUAAACUACCAGACUUCAUCAACCCCAGCCAACAUGGCCAUUUUGUCUGGGCCUGAGAUGGCAACUGAAGUCUAGCAGCCUUUCACAGAAUCAUAGCACUGGAAAGGGACCACACGGGUCAUUUAAUCCAACCCCCUGCAGUGCAGGAAUCUUGUUGCCCAACACGGGGCUCGAACCCACAACCCUGAGAUUCAAGGCUCAUAGAUAUACCAUUCUUCUAGAAGAGCAAAGAAGAUCUGGUGAGAACUGGAAUGGGUGACGUAGCUGAGAUUGUCUUGGGGAGUAGGAGCUCGAUGCUUGGUGUUCUGGAAUUAUUAUUAUUAUUACUACUACUACUACUACUACCCAUCCUUCAGCCUAAGGUCCAAGGGCACAUUUCAGCAUUUAAACUCAACACUGAAACACAAUAUAAAGGUAAAGGGACCCCGUGACCAACACUGGGGUUGCGGCGCUCAUCUCGCUUUAUUGGCUGAGGGAGCCAGCGUACAGCUUCCGGGUCAUGUGGCCAGCAUGACUAAGCCGCUUCUGGCGAACCAGAGCAGCGCAUGGAAACGCCGUUUACCUUCCUGUCAGAGUGGUACCUAUUUAUCUACUUGCACUGGCGUGCUUUCAAACUGCUAGGUGGGCAGGAGCUGAGACCGAACAACGGGCGCUCACCCCGUCGCGGGGAUUCGAACCACCGACCUUCUGAUCAGCAAAUCCUAGGCUCUGUGGUUUAACCCACAGCGCCACCCGCGUCCCGAAACACAAUAUAGAAACAAUUUAAAACAACUUUCAGUUGCAGUUUUUAGGUGGCUCCCCAAAAUACGCACCUCAUGGGUCAAAAGCCAGGGCAAAGAGAUGCAUAUUCAGCAAUCACAGGAGAAGCUGUAUAAUAAAGAUGCCAGGAUAUAGCAUCUGUGGGAUGGAAGCUCCACCACUUAGGGGCUACUACAGCGAAUGCUGCCCAUCUUGGCACCCAAUAGGACUCCCUCUGCCCAUCUUGGCACCCAAGAGGGUCUGUAGGAGAGAAGACAGACUUCCAGGUGUUUGGUGCCCGAGUCAUUUUGGGCUUUGCACACUAACCUGAACACCUCGAAUGGGAUGCUUGAAUUGACAGCCAGCGCAGCUGUUUUAACACGGGGGUGCCUUUAAGCAGGUAUGCUUAAAUAGCUGAGCUCUGACAAAAGUGUAAGACUGCGCUGGAACCAAUUGGCUGAACUGCUUCUUCCUCUUUGGCCCAACAGCCAUGAUUUUAUCGGGGAGUUUGCCACAAGCUACAGAGAGCUCUCUCGGGCCCAGAACCAGUUCACCGUCUAUGAGGUAAGCUUCUUUCAACUUAAAUACUUAACACUGAGCAACGCUAGUUUUUGUGGGUUGUUGUUUUUUUGCAUAGCUAGAGUUGUAACUUGAAUCAACAGAUUGUGUUUCUAGAGUGGAAUCCUGUGAAUGUACCAGACUUGUAAGAGCUGUGAAUGGUGUUGUUGUUGUUAUUUUGCAAAAAAACUUCAUGUUUCUAGUCCUCAUCGGUAUGGGGGGAAAGCUCAAAAGAAUGAAGGCCAUGGUGUGGAUUCGGUUUCCACUGUGGACUGUGGACUUUUUCAGACUGUGUACACACUAUACCUUUAAAACACACUCUUUCCCUCAAAGAAUUCUGGGCACUGUAGUUUGCUAAGGAUUGCUGGGAAUUGUAACUCUGUGAGGAGUAAACCACAGGGCCCAGAAGGGGGGAAACAUACUCUGAAUGUGUUUUAAAGGAAUAGGUGGUGCGCAGCAUUAGUUGCCAGCUUUUGAACUGGCCCAUCACUGUCCUUUUAAUGGUGAUUUGAUCCACAACAAUUACCGGUAAUAGGUGAUAAGCUUUGGCCAGGGAUCAGCAAACUUUUUCAGCAGGGGGUCGGUCCACUGUCCCCUAGACCUUGUGGGGGGCCGGACUAUAUUUUUGAGGGGGGAAAUGAACGAAUUCCUGUGCCCCACAAAUAACCCAGAGAUGCAGUUUAAAUAAAAGGACACAUUCUACUCAUGUUAAAAAUGCGCUGAUUUCCGGACCGUCCGCGGGCUGGAUUUAGAAGGCAAUUGGGCCGGAUCCGGCCCCCGGGCCUUAGUUUUCGUACCCAUGGCUUUGGCUCUUUCCAUGCUGCAAUAAGCUUCAGCACUUAAUUUCUGCUGAUCAGACUGAUCAGUUGAAGGCAGAAGAGGGGCCGCAGCUGAGAGUCAGAGCACAUACCGUAUUUUUCACUCUAUAGGACGCACUUUUCCACCUCCAAAAAUGAAGGGGAAAUGUGUGUGCGUCCUAUGGAGCGAAUGCAGGCUUUCGUUAAAGCCUGGAGAAAUUUUCUUUUCUUUAUUUCCCCCCCUAAAAACUAGGUGUGUCCUAUGGUCUGGUGCGCCCUAUGGAGCGAAAAAUAUGGUAAUUUUCAUGCAUAAGGCGCCAGGUUUAAUCCUUGACAACUACAGCAGGCAAUAGGAAAGAACCCUGGAGAGCUGCUGCCAUCCAAGUAGACAGUAUUGGGCUAGGUUGACAAAUAGUCUGACCCGGUAUAAAGCACGUUCUUAGGAGCAGACUGGACUGCAUUUGGAAGCUGACUUGUAUUGAGUCAGACCAUUGGUCCAUCAAUCUAGCUCAAUAUUGUCUACACUGACUGGCAGCAGCUCUCCAGGGUUAAAGGUGCAGACACUCCCAGCCAUGCCUGGAGAUGCAGGGAAUCAAACCUGGGAUGUUCUGUGUACAAAGCAGGUGUUUUACCACUGAGCUCUUAGAUGUUUCUUUUCUUUUCUGGCCAGUUGGCAACCCAGUCAUUACUCCCCAGCCACUGCUUAAUGGUUUCCAAUAUCUCAAGUCCCAUUAUUCCUCCCCCGCCCUAACUGUUUUGUAUUGAGAACAAACCAUGUACAUACCCACCCUAGAUGAUGCCGUCUCAAUAAGUAUUAUUACCACUUUGGGUGAUGUUGCACAGUUUGCGCCUGCAGUUUAAUAAAAUCCAGCAUCUCUGAUCUGUCAGAGGGAAUAAAUAAUCAUCCCGAAUCUGCUCACAGCAAACUUCAGCUUGCGGCGUUAUGAGAAAUAGGGGGAGCAUUAGGGGCUGGCGCAGUUGGAUCCGGGAGGUGGGAUACUGUUAAGUUGUGUGUUCGAUCCCAUCCUCAUCGCCAGUGUUAAGUUGUGGGUGAACAUAUCAGACGACACAGCGAUUCUUCAAACAGCUCUUGAUUAUUCACAGGCCAGAACAGAACUGAACUGAAGGGUUCAGCCAGCCUGCUUAUAUAGAGCUCCACUACAAUGCAACAGUAACCACUUUCUGUAACUAUCCAAUCACUGAACGUCACUUUCAAUCCCUUAUUUGCAUAUGUGGACCUGAGUGAAAGCUAUCUACAGUAUCCCUCUGCUGGCCCAGGGUGAAAACCUCAGUACAUAACAGAUACCAAACAAGAUUUCUUUGGGAUGCCUUGGCAGGCCGAUUCUGCUCAUGCUCAGAGUUGCUUUAGAUAAUAUAUUUAGCAUGCAGCCACGUCGCACGGUAUAUGCUAAAAAAGUUACCAUUGUGUUCAAUAAUAUACAGUCGUACCUUGAAAGUCGAAUGGAAUCCGUUCUGGAACUCCGUUCGACUUCCAGAAUGUUUGGAAACCAAAGUGCGGCUUCUGAUUGGCUGCAGGAAGCUCCUGCAGCCAAUCGGAAGCUGCGGAAGUCCCACUGGACAUCCAGGUUCCAAAGAACAUUUGCAAACACUCACUUCCAGGUUUGCAGCAUUCAGAAGCCAAAACAUCUGAGUACCAAGGUGUUAGGGAUCCAAAGUCUGACUGUAUAUGGAUGUGUGAAGGAAAAGAAUUUCCCCCACAGCUGCUGCUCCCCACCCCAAAAUGCCGCUUGCCCAUCCCAAUCCCUGGCACUCUCCCAAUUUUGUUGGGCUCCAUCUCCCAUCAGCCCCAGCCAGAAUGGUCAGGGAUGAUGGGAACUGUAGUCCAAAACAUCUGGAGGGCACCAGGUUGGGGGAAAGCCAUAGCUCAGCUGGCAGAGCAUCAGUUUUGAAUGCGAAAGGUCCCGGGUUCAAUUCUGGCAUCUCCAGACAAUGGCUGAGAAAGACUUCCCUGGAGAGCAACUGACCGUCAGUGUGCUCUGUUUAUUUAUUUCCUAUCCCACCCUUCCUCUAUAAGGAGCUCAAGGGGAUCUACACGGUUCCCUUUCUCAUUUUAUCCUCGCAACAACGCUGUGAGGUAGGUUAGGAUGAGAAAUGGUAGCCGGCUCAAGCUCACAGGGAGCGUUGUGGCUGAGCGGGGAUUCGAACCCUGCUCUCCCAGGUCCAGCACUCUAACCACUGCACCAUGCUGGUUCUCAACACUGAACUGCUGUAGAUCAGGGGUCAGCAACCUAAGGCCAAUGGGCCGGAAGCAGCCCGCGGAGGUCAUUGGACGAGCCGUCCCAAACUGAGCUGCGCUAAACCAGCAUGUUGCAGCGCGGGGACUUGCUUCCGCGGCAUCGGAAAUCACGUCUGCGCACGUGCAGACACUGGAAAUCACAGGCCCGCGCACUCAUGCACGUGCACAAUCCUGCCCACAGAGGGAUCUCUGUGGGACCGUUCUGGCCCAGGCAAGAUAAACCUUGCCGAGCCCUGAACUAGAUGGUCGCAGGGUCUGUAAGGCAGCAGCCAAGAAGUGACUAGUGGGGGAGCCAGGCUGGAGUGCGUCUUUCCUUGAAUCAGGGCCCCAGCAUCUGGAACUAUUUCCGCAUAUAAACUAUUUGCAGGCGGCAGCUCUCCGCUUGUGGCGAUCUGAAAUGGGCAACGGAUAUAUUUGUGGUACCCACUCCGUUACUGAGACAAAAAGUGUUAUGUACUGAAGUUCUCACCCUGGGCCAGCAGGGGGAUACUGUAGAUAGUUAUGCAAAUAAGGGAUCGAAAGUGACGUUCAGUGAUUGGAUAGUUUUAGAAAAUUGUUACAGUUACGUUGUACUGGAGCUCUAUAUAAGCAGGCUGACUGAAGCCUUCAGUUCAGUUCUGUUCUGGCCUGUGAAUAAACAAGAGCUGUUUGAAUAAUCGCUGUGUUGUCUGAUAUGUUCACCCACAACGUAACAAAAAGUAUGGGCACAGGGGGCAUGGAGGAGACCCUUCAUGAACUCCACAAGGCCCGCCCCUGACUCUCGCCAGAUUUAGCCCAAUCAUCCUGCCUCAUGUAGCAUUCUUAAACUGGUAGCUGAGUGGGGCGUCUGCCUGUAUUCCUAGGCCUAGUCUGGGGUCACACGGUGUAUUUUGCCACACAAACAGAAGAGGGUUGGGAUGCUCGAGGAAGCUGCCUGCCGGCCCCCCAGAAGGAAAAACAUUACAAUCAGUAUUGCGCUGCAAUUUGGAUAAUUGCCCUAGACAGGAAUUUAAAGCAAAAAACGGUUGUGGCAGAAAAGUGACUGGAUCUGAGAGGACGUGCUGGUCUCAUCUCUCUCUCUUUUUCUUUUGCUGGCAAACCAGACCCACAGGAUCACUUUUGAUUUCUAGUAGUGGCUUUGUCUAUUAAAAAGGAAUGAGCCAAAUCCCUUAUGAUUGAUUGCCAGCAUGAUUUAGAAUAAUGAAGGUGGAUGAAGGAUGUCAGGCAGGAAGGGGACUGCCGACUCUGUUGCUAAAGUGUUGGGUCGAAUUGUAAAUGAGCAGGAUCCUUUUUUGUUUUAUUUUUUUUUUGGUAGUGAGAGUUACAGCAAAAGUUCUGUAGUUAUUCUCCUUGCAAAAGAUACAGGAUACCAGAUGGGAUCAGAUGCUGCAACAGACACUGCACUCUUCUUACUCUGUUUUCAUUAUAUUUUGAGUGAUGUUAUUGUUGUUAUUCUUAGAUUUGGCAAUAGCUCUUGGGUAAGCAAUAAAGGUUUGAUUUGAUUUUGAGUUAUAGAUCGCUUUACAUACAAGAUCCCCAAAGAGAUGUGACGUUCAGAACCUCUCCGGCAACCCGGAAAAACACGUUUGCUUUCCCUUAAGUCAGGCAUAGGCAACCUCAGCCCUCCAGGUGUUUUGGGACAACAACUCCCAUGAUCCCUAGCUAACAGGACCAGUAGUCAGGGAUGAUGGGAAUUUUAGUCCCAAAAUAUCUGGAGGGCCGAGGUUGCCUAUGCCUGCCUUAAGUGAAACUACAAGCAAACCGGGCCAUACCCCAGUUGCUUCUAUCCCAGAUAUCUAGUUUGGAACUGAUAUCCUUCCUUUGGGCCUCAUCAUCCCCUCUCUCCACCCCUCAAAGAAGCCGUUGCAACACCCAUCAUCUGUCCUGCUUCUUAUAAAGUUUCCUGUUGCUAGACAGGACGAAUUUUUGAAUAGAAAUUAUUGAAAAAUAUUGAUCAUGGGGACAGAUCUUCCUCCUCCUCCUCUUCUUCUUCCUCUUCUUUUCAUUUCAUUUCAUUUCAUUUCCAUACUACUUUAUAUUUUUAAGGGGAGAAAAUCUCAAAGCAGUUCACAACCUACAUUAAAACAACAAAUAAAACGAUCCAGAAUAAAAAUAAAACCUUACUGAAGAAAGCCGAAUACAAAGUAUACAUUUAAAUACAAUUAACAUUCAUUCAAACAUAAUUAACAGGAAGCUAAAAUAUUAUCCUAAACUUUUUUUAAAAAAAACACUACUGCAGAACGCACGUUUAGCAGAGCAAAGUUAACAAAAGAAUUAUCUUAAACAUUUCCAAAAUAAAGCAUCACUAAGUGAAAUCAAAUAUAAAACAGCGUAACUAGCAAAAGAAUAAAAUAUUCUCAUAAGCAAAGAACAUAUCUGCUGCUGUAGCUGCAAAUCCUGUCAGUGGUGGUUCAUGGUGGGGGCUGUGGACGCUCAUGCUAUAUGAGCUAGGUCUGCACCAAAAGGUAACCAAGAGAGACUCUGUCCUCUUCAGCAGGUUCAGCUUUUGUAGCUGGAGUCAAUCAGGACCCUGCGCUCCCAGGUCAGGUGGAAAAAGGGCCGUAAGCCAGGAGCAGGUCUUCCAGGACUCACAGCCAACUUAGAUGAGCAGUUAUUAAGAACGUAGAAGGCUGCCUUAUACAAUGGUACAGUCAUACCUCUGGUUACAGACGCUUCAGGUUACGGUUUUUCGGGUUAUGGACGCACCGAAACCCGGAAGUACCGGAAUGGGUUACUUAUCGGUUUCCGUGGUCACACAUGCACAGAAGUGCUAAAUCACACUUUGUGCAUGCGCAGAGGCGCUGAAUCACAACCCGCGCAUGCGCAGGCGCGGCGCUGCGGGUUGCGAACACUGUGGGUUGCAAAUGUGCCUUCCACACGGAUCACGUUCGCAACCCGAGCGUCCACUGUACCUUUGUUCUCAAACUUAAACCAUUCCAGGGGUCCGUUCCAAAACCAAAGUGUUCCAAAACUAAGGCGCUCUUUCCCAUAGAAAGUAAGGCAAAAUGGAUUAAUCUGUUCCAGACUUUUCAAAACAACCCCUAAAACAGCCAUUUAACAUGAAUUUUGCUAUCUGACGAGACCGUUGAUCCAUAAAAUGAAAGCAAUAAACAAUGUGCUGCAGUCACACAAUCAAUCAGUAGCUGAAAUGGGUUCCACACAGUCACAAAAACAAAACAAAAAAGCUGCAAAAACACAAAAGAAAUAGCAAAAACACAGACCUCAGCGUAACACUCAAAACAGAAGUGUGGCAUUCAAAACGGAAGCAUAGCACUCAAAACGGAGCACGUUCGGCUUCCAGAAAACAUUCUUAAUCCAGAACACUUACUUCCGGGUUUGCAGUGUUUGGGUUCCAGGUUGUUUGAAUACCAAGGUAUUUGAGAACCAAGGUACCACUGUAUUUACUUAUUCCUGCAUUACAGGGGGUUGGACUAAAUGACUCUUGGGGUCCCUUCCAACUUUAUGAUUCUGUGACUGAGGCCCUUGGCCCACAGCGCUCAGAAUUGUCUACACUGAUUGGCAGUGGCUCUCCAGGGUUUGAGGCAGGGGAUCUUCCCAUCCCCACCUGAAGGUACCAGGAGAGCCAGUGUGGUGUAGUGGUUAAGAGCGGUAGUCUCGUAUUCUGGGGAACUGGGUUUGCGUCUCCGCUCCUCCACAUGCAGCUGCUGGGUGACCUUGGGCUAGUCACACUUCUCUGUAGUCUCUCAGCCCCACUCACCCCACAGAGUGUCUGUUGUGGGGGAGGAAGGGAAAGGAGAAUGUUAGCCGCUUUGAGACUCCUUAAAGGGAGUGAAAGGCAGGAUAUCAAAUCCAAACUCUUCUUCUUCUCUUCUAUUGAACCGGCAGCCUUCUAGAUAUUGCUGGAUAAUGUAUCGCUAUACUGUGUUGUGUUGGGCCGUCAUUUGAGCUCUUUUUCCAACUGAAAAGUGGCGGCUCAGCAGCAUUGAAGAGCGUGCAAGCAAGCAAUGUGCUUGCACAAGCCGGAACAGGUUAGACCAGGGGUCAACAAACUUUUUCAGCAGGGGGCCAGUCCACUGUCCCUCAGACCUUAUGGGGGGCCGGACUAUAUUUUGGGAAGAAAAAAAAAAGAACGAAUUCCUAUGCCCCACAAAUAACCCAGAGAUGCAUUUUAAAGAAAAGCUGACCCAAAACACCCACCCACCCCAUUCACACAUGAAAACAAAGACCACCACAGCCAACCACAAAUGAAUAACCAUACCCUAGGCCAACCCCAACCUCUCUCACCACCAAAGGAACACAAGUGAACAGCAAAGAACCUGCACAAGCAACACUGACACCAAACCCUAGAUAUAGUAAGUAAAAUAGAAACAUCGCCACCCGAUCUCACCCCACCCAUCUUUCCCCCACUCCACCUCUUUCCCCCUUUUCUUCCUAAUGUCUCAACAAAUGGAACUGAUUUGUAAAAAUGUUACAUGGGGGAAAAAAUACGAGAGAGAGACAUUGCACACACUUUUGUCAAUCAAGAAAAUCUUUGAUAAAAUAAAUAAAUAAAAUAAAAUAAAAGCACACAUUCUACUCAUGUAAAAACACCAGGCAGGCCCCACAAAUAACCCAGAGAUGCAUUUUAAAUAAAAGGACACAUUCUAUUCAUGUAAAAACACGUCCGCGGGCCAGAUUUAGAAGGCGAUUGGGCCGGAUCCAGUCCCCAGGCCUACUCAUGAGUUAGACAGAAAUGAAACCAGGGGCAAGACUACAGAAUGUCAGUUGGUGAUUGCUAGUCUGAAAUUACUUCUUAUUGCUGCUGUUUAUUGAAUUUAUAACGCUAAUGCAGCAGUUCACCCCUGGAAGUGCCGUCCGCUGUCUCUCUCGAGACAGAUAGAUGCCAACAGUGAUUGGCAUCCCGCCCUUCCUCCCCACAGAUCCCAGGGUGGCAAGCAAAUGCACCGUUUAAAAAUAAAAAUGGAGCAGCAAUAUUCUGAAACCGCUAAAACACGCUAAAAGCAAUUUGCAUUUAAAAAUAUCUAAAAGCCGUUUCAGUUAAAAACAUUCUGUCAGAAACUGCACUUAUAAACACCAUUCUAUUCAACGAUCAUGGGGAAAACAGGAAUACUUUCAAGUUCUUCAUGCAAGUUAAUAAUGAUGGAGACAGGCACACCUCACUAGGGAGGGCAUUCCACAACCGGGGAGCCACCACUAAAAAGGCCCUGUCGCAGUUAAUCAUCAACCAGGCAGCCCCCAGUGGCAGGACCAUCCGCAAGACCUCACCUGGUGAUUACAGUGGUACCUCAGGUUACAGACGCUUCAGGUUACAGACGCUUCAGGUUACAGACUCCGCUAACCCAGAAAUAGUACCUCGGGUGAAGAACUUUGCUUCAGGAUGAGAACAGAAAUCGUGCGGCGGUGGCGGGAGGCCCCAUUAGACAAAGUGGUACCUCAGGUUAAGAUCAGUUUCAGGUUAAGAACAGACCUCCAGAACAAAUUAAGUUCUUAACCUGAGAUACCACUGUAUAGUGUCCAAGAUGGUUGAUAAAAGAUGGAUAACUUUUUACUUUGUAUAAGGGAUUGGAUUUGGCUUUCCGGACUGUUUGAUUGAUCCUUAAAAUUCCACAAUCUGUGUAGCUGCUCAGUUGAGGUUAUGAUAAUGGCCACAAAUAUGAAGUAUAAUGGUUGCAAAGGAUACAACUUUGGUGACGGUUGUUGGGAGACAAAAUGGUGGCGAGAGAGUUGGCAACAGAGUCACCUUUCCUUGUUCUUCUGUUUCAACCCCAGGUUUCAAAUCCUAGGAAGAAAUGCAAGAAGAAAAAAUACGUUAACUCUGGGACAGUAAGUAUGGGGGAUGUUAUGUUCUUCUCCUAUCCCCCCACCUUGAAUUUUUAAGCGCCAGCUCCAGUUGCUAAAGGGUUUGGCUUGAACCUGUAAGACGGGGGAUAGGAAAUCUCAUGGCUUUCCAGAUGUUGCUGGACUACAACUCCCAUCAGUCCUCAACCACUGUGGAUCAGGGAUGAUGGGACUUUGAGUCCAUCAACAUCUAGAGGAGUGUAGGUACCCUAAUCUGCCGCAGAGCAUAGAUGAUAUGGUGAACUGGAGUGGGUUGCUAAGAUUCCUGUGUUAUUUUGGGAGGCGGGACAAAAAUUCCUACCUGUACCACCAGCCCUUCCUUCCGGUCACAGGGGAAGCUGAUCUGGAUCAGGACUACACAGAGUGGGCAGAGGUUUAAAGCCCUCUUUCCCCAGGGUCCAGAUCCGCCCCCCCCAUCACCAACUUCCUAUUUACAUUUCCAAAAGCGGUGUACACAGUUGCUCACUGGGUGAACAGUGUCACACGCCAUGCAUUGAAAACACAUCGGUAGAAAUUCAGCUCAGCACUAUGGCAAAUGUUUUGCCAGCGCAAGCUUUUCUGGUUGCCGGAUGGAAUGAUCCCCCCCCUCCUGCCCCGCAGGCUGUUCUGUGGGUUCCCCUGACCUUCCCAAGCCAAUUUGGGGGGGGGAGGGGGGAAUGCCUCGUUGAGCUGGCAGAUACCCUUCUGUGGGUUUCCACUGGCAGGACUCGUGAGUUGAAUGCAGUGGGGAGUUUAGACAUGGAAGGGCAAUCCCACAAAUGUUCUGGUGCAUUUUCCCUAUCACAAAUACCCUCAAUCUUUUCGGGGGGGAGCAAGCUUGUUGUGCAAGGCCAACCGCAAUUCUGCAACCUGAAUUUGCCAGCAUGUGAUCAUAUCCCACUCCCAAAAUAGCAACAGUCUAGAAGCACCUUUAGGCUGCUACAGAAUAGAGCCUCCAAGCUGCCUUUCUGACUGCAUGCGUUUCACAUGUUGUUGUUUUUCUGUCUGUCUCUCUGUUUCCGGUAGGUAACGCUGCUGUCCUUCGCAGUGCAGUCGGAAUACACCUUUGUCGACUACAUUCGAGGCGGGUGCGUUGGUUGAAAAGCUGGGGUGCCUCCCUAGGGGCCUGAAUCUGGAGGGCCAGGGGCUGGCUGCCCUGUUAUUGAUGGAUGGAAUGCCCAUCUUUCACCCUAAGGUCCCAGGGUGGGUUACAACACUGAAGUGCCACUUUGCAAUACGAUAUUAAGUCCUGAAAGACCUACAUUGGCUCCCAGUACGUUUCCAAGCACAAUUCAAAGUGUGGGUGCUGACCUUUAAAGCCCUAAAGAGCCUCAGCCCAGUAUACCUGAAGGAGCAUCUCCACCCCUAUCAUUUGGCCCGGACACUGAGGUCCAGCUCUGAGGGCCUUCUGGUGGUUCCCUCACUGCAAGAAGUGAGGUUACAAGGAACCAGGCAGAGGGCCUUCUCGGUAGUGGCGCCCACCCUGUGGAACACCCUCCCAUCUGAUGUCAAGGAAAUAAAUAACUAUCUGACUUUUAGAAGACAUCUGAAGGCAGCCCUGUUUAGGGAAGUUUUUAAUGUUUGAUGUUUUGUCACUUAUUAUUAAUUAUUAUUAUUAUUAUUCUGUUGGGAGCCACUCAGAGUGGCUGGGGAAACCCAGGCAGAUGGGCAGGGUAUAAAUAAUGAAAUUAUUAUUAUUAUUAUUAGUCAUUUAAAACAACUUACCAUUGCAGAAAUAUAUAUCCUAAAAAUAUAUCCAAAAAUAUCUUCCAAAAUUAUACACCUCAAGCGUCAAAAGCCAGGGUAAAGAGGUUCGUCUUCAGCAUUCUCCGAAAGCUGUACGAAGAAGGUGCAGACACGCUUCUGCGGGGAGUUCCACAGCUUAGGGGCCACCAUGGAGAAGGCCCUCUCGCAGGUCACCACUCCCACGCCCAAGCCUCUGAUGGUAGGGGAACUACCAGCUAGAGCAACUACCUCUCAGCACCUGAGAAGAUCUGUAGGGAAGGAGGCUGUGCUUCAGAUAUUUGGUCUCUGAGUUGUUUAGAGCUUGAAGCACCAACGCCAGCCUUCACAGCUUCUCAGGUAUUACCCCGGAGGAGACUAGAGGAGGGUGGCCUAGGCAGGAAGGCAGAACAAGACAAGAGCAUGAAGCAUUGAGAGGAUGACAUGCCUGAGGUCUGGCAGAGACCUUUGAGGUUGGGGCUCUGCCUUUGGGGUACCGGCAAGAGACCGAAGGGUUCUGGUGGGAUUAACCUAUGAGGAAGAACACAGCUAAGGGUGUUUUGGGGGGCUCACAAGAAUGGCAGCAUCCAUUUCUCUCUCUCCUCCAUCCCACCCCUUAGGACACAGCUGAAUUUCACCGUCGCCAUUGAUUUCACCGCCUCCAACGGUGAGUGCAACACAGCCGUGAGUCGCUAUGGGAACAGAGGGAGAGUUUAGCUGCCGGUAACCAGGCAGCCGAGGACCCUUGGGCUAAAGGCAGAUCUUUAACCUUCCACCUCUGUGGGGUUGCCUGCCCCCGCUCUCAAAUGUGGGGCUGUGAGAAUCCUCCCGCAAAGAACUUCCACACCAGAAUUGGUCUCAGGACAGGGGAAGGGGAGAGAAAUGCCAUUGUCCCAGUGUCUGAGGAGUCAAGGAAGAGGGGAAUUCACCUGUGGGAGAAUGAAGUGGAAGUAUUAGGCCAAGUAUUGGGACGCGGGUGGCGCUGUGUGUUAAACCACAGAGCCUAGGGCUUGCCGAUCAAAAGGUCAGUGGUUCGAAUCCCCGUGACGGGGUGAGCUCCCAUUGCUCGGUCCCUGCUCCUGCCAACCUAGCAGUUCAAAAGCAUGUCAAAGUGCAAGUAGAUAAAUAGGUACCGCUCCAGCAGGAAGGUAAAUGGCAUUUCCGUGCGCUGCUCUGGUUCGCUAGGAGCGGCUUAGUCAUGCUGGCCACAUGACCUGGAAACUGUACGCCGUCUCCCUCGGCCAAUAAAGCAAGAUGAGCACCGCAACCCCAGAGUCGUCCGCGACUGGACCUAAUGGUCAGGGGCCCCUUUACCUUAUUAGGCCAAUCAAGGUGCCAUUGAGGAGAAGAAGGAAAGUAUGAAGAGCUACCCAAUGUUCUGUGAAUUCCCAGAGGAGGGAGGGAGCCAAGCCAAGCUAAGAUGGCGGAGGGUUGCUGGCUUUUUGACAUGGGUUUACGAAUGCUGUGUGUACGGCCUGUGGGAAGCCGUGGGGCUGAAUUUCUGGGGGAAUGGUGUUGUGGGAUUCUGGAGGCUGACCAAAUGCCUUUUCACAGGGAUUCCCUCCCAGCCCACCUCCCUCCAUUACAUGAGCCCCUACCAGCUCAGCUCCUACGCCAUGGCUCUGAAGGCCGUUGGAGAAAUCAUCCAAGACUAUGACAGCGACAAGCUUUUCCCGGCCUACGGCUUCGGAGCCAAAGUCCCGCCGGACGGCAAGGUGUCCCACCAGUUCCCUUUGGUAGGUGGGAAACCCCCCCAGUUGCAAUGAUGGGAGGGGCCUGCUGUGCGUAUGGCCCCAGAUUCAAUCCCUGGUGUCUCCAUUUGCAUGCAUCUGGAGUAGCAAACAUACUGCCAAGUCAGGAAGGGCAAAACUGAGCUGGAGGGAUCAUUGUCCUGACUUAUGAGGCAGUUUUUUGCAAACCUGUGGAGUCGGGUUUUAGGGAAAUCUCUGUGGGUCAAACCACAGAGCCUAGGACUUGCUGAUCAGAAGGUCAGUGGUUCGAAUCCCCGCGACGGGGUGAGCUCCCGUUGUUUGGCCUCAGCUCCUGCCAACAAAGCAGUUCGAAAGCACGUCCAAGUGCAAGCAGAUAAAUAGGUACGGCUCCGGCGAGAAGGUAAAUGGCGUUUCUGUACGCUGCUCUGGUUCUCCAGAAGCGGCUUAGUCAUGCUGGCCACAUGACCCGGAAGCUGUACGCCGGCUCCCUCGGCCAAUAAAGCGAGAUGAGCACUGCAACCCCAGAGUUGGCCACGACUGGACUUAAUGAUCAGGGGUCCCUUUACCUUUACCUUACCUGGAUCAUUGUAUACCCCAGAGGUUCACAAGCUGAGCUCCAUGGACCAUUAAUGGUCAGUGAGCUCUGUUGAGGUGGUUUGUGGAAAGACUUUGGAACAGUCAAGUCAUUUGUACCUAGUUUUGUGCUUUCCUUUCCCUCUGACAACGGAGAUCAAGACUGUCUUAACCAGAGCCAGAUUUACCAGCCUGGGACUCUGGAUUUUCAUAAUAUAUAGUUUUCCCUUUAAAAUAUGCUAGUCAAAGAGGCCGUUCUCAGCACAGCUUGGCCCCUGACUUUCCUAAUACGGUACUGGUUUUGAGAAUGAACCUCCAUUAUCUCCCAAGAUGGAUGCCAUCAACAACAGCAACAACAAUUUUGUAUGGAUCAUUUUGAUGUUUUAUUUUAUAUUGUUGAAAACCACUUAGAAGUGUUUGGGUUUUGGUGCUGAUUUUUUUCCUCCUUGCUUUUUUUUUGUACAUUCAAACAGGAUAUAAAUGUUGUCAAAUAAUUUCAUAAAUCAGUGAUGGCGGCACCAUGGUUAAGUACAUGAUUUGCCGAGACCUAGGAACUUUGCAGUGGUCCUCCGGAGUGGGGCAGAGAGAGUUAGAGAACUACCAUUACAUAGACCCCAAAAAGAAAUUCAGAGUGUGUAGUCAAGACUUGCUGCUUGCUCUCUGUAUUGACACCUGGUGGAUUUGUAAGAGUAAGAAGAUUCAAGGCUGUUGCCAAUAACUACGUUCGCUGCAACACACAACACACUCCGCUUCUGAGCCACUGCAGAAGCCUUUGCCCUGCUGUAAGUAACAGACAUGUUACAACUCAACAACAAACCGGCAGGCAGCCUUUGAGGGACGUUGAUAUCCAUCAAACCAGCUUUUUAAGAAACGCACUCUGUAUCUCCCUUUGUAUUAUGAUGUGAAUUGCCUAACCUGCAUCCCAUAGUUACCCAACUGUUCACAUCCAACUCUUGGCUUUGUUUUUCUUCUCCUUCGCUCCAGUUACUGGUCAGUGUUGCAUUCCUUUUCAAGACUAGCACAGAUGAUGGGAUGCAGCGAUGAGUUUGUGGCAGAACUCCAGGGCUCAGGCCUCUAACCUGUUUCCAACGCCAAGUUUUAUCUCUGGAUUGUGCAGAAUAAACGCAUGUCAUAGAAUCAUAGAAUCAUAGAGUUGGAAGAGACCACAAGGGCCAUCGAGUCCAACUCCCUGCCAAGCAGGAAACAUCAUCAGAGCACUCCUGACAUAUGGUUGUCAAGCCUCUGCUUAAAGACCUCCAAAGAAGGAGACUCCACCACACUCCUUGGCAGCAAAUUCCACAUGUCCCUCUCCACCAAAUAAAUGAAGCCCCUUACUCACUGUUCUGUGGUUAGUGGGGCAGGUCUUCCAGCUCAGGGUUUGUCUUCCAACAGAGGUCCCUCAAUCCCCCUUUCUAAAAGUUUAGUAGUGGUGGAAGGAUCCUUAAUAUUGUUUUGCUCACCGCCUGUUUUCUAUGGCUUUUAGUGCUUACAGUAUGAAACAUGCCACAGGUAUCAACAAAUGCGUGUGACCGAGCUUCUUUAGCACACCACAAAAUCCAGAUUGUGGGGAGGGAGGGAAGGAAGCUUAACUUUUUUACACGCACACAAAGUCUCCAUUCCUCAUGCCUCCUAAUACGUCUUAAAUGCGCAAGGACAGCCGUAGCUACAGGCGAGCUAGCCGGGUAUUUUGCCCUGGGUGAAGCCUCCAGAGGGGCACCAUUGAGUCUCCCAGCCUGUGUGUGGCAGGGGCGCCAAACUGGGUCUUUAACCCGGGUGAAAGAAAGCCUAGUUUCACACCUGGCAAGGAUUAUCUGCUAAGGGUGGAGGGUGGGGGGAAUCACACAUCCUAAAUAGGGAAGUGAGCCCAAUUUGCACUGCCUUCAAUAAAGCUCACCCCAUCCAAACUCUGGAGCUGGGAUAGAGGGAAAGCAAGCCUUUGAAAUAAGAGUUUUGAAUGCCAUCCUUUUGAUUAGUUCGAAGCUGAAAAGGGGCUCAUCCACACCUCCCUUUGCCCUGAUGCUCUCUCCUUGGGAAAACCAGCGGUUUGCCAUUUGUUCUGAUUCAGCGGUAAAUAGAGUGUUCUCCGGGGGGGGGGGGGAGCUGCAGGGCAAAUGCAAAUCCACUCGGACUCGUGCCCAGAAGGCACUUUCUAGGCAUGGAACCAGCAGAAGUGUGGAAAAGCUCAGAGUUAGGGUCCAGCAUAAGUUCCACCUGCCUGGUCCAAUCCUUGCCACUUUCAGGGCUUAUGCUGGCAUAAGGUCCACUGGUCUCUCUCUCUCUAUAUAUAUAUAUUAGCAUAUCAUUUUCAACAAUUAUUAAACAUACUUUUAUAUCUUGUACAUUUUUUAUUUUACUUCCAUUAAUCACAUAUGAAAAUUUUCCAAUCUCUUCACUUAAUUUACAUUUCUUACUUUCACUAUUACAUUUAAAUAUCAUAACUAAUGUCACUCUUCUUUGCAAUGUUUCAUAUAUUUCUCCUUACAAAACUUCGUGUAGUUCUACUAGCAUACCAUAUUUUUCACCCUAUAGGGCGCACCGGCCCAUAAGGCGCACCAAGUUUUUUUUUGGGGGGGGGGAAAUAAAGAAGAAAAAUUAUUUCCCCCCCCAGGCACGGGGCUGGGGCAGGGGAAGCCCAAGCUUCCCCCGACCCCUGCCCCAGGCUUUGGGUUGCAGGCUGCUAUCCGCAAGCCUGGGGAGCCCGCGGGACCUCCCGCCGGGCUCCCAGGGCUUGUGGAUAACUUCCUGAAGCCUGGAGAGUGAGAGGGGUCGGUGCUCACUGACCCCUCUCGCUCUCCAGGCUUCAGCGAAAGCCUGCAUUCGCCCCAUAGGAUGCACACACAUUUCCCCUUCAUUUUUGGAGGGGGAAAAGUGCGUCCUAUAGGGCGAAAAAUACGGUAAUUUGUUGAUUACAGUGGCUCUUCAGAUAAUUCGUAUAUUUCCUCCAAUCUUCUGCAAUUCUCUGGUCCCGCAGGUUUCGAAUCCUUCUUGUCAUUUUAUCCAAUUCUGCAUAGUCCAUUAAUUUUGUCCGCCAUUCUUCUUUCGUCGGUAUUUCUUCUUGCUUCCAUUUCUGGGCCAAGAAUACUCUUGCCGCUGUUGUUGCAUAUAAAAACAAUUUAACAACUUGUCUAUUAAUAUCCUCAUUUAAGGUCCACUGGUCUUAGCUCUAGCUAAGCCAGGAUUAGGGAGCUACACUGGUAUAGCCCGGCAGUGGUAGGAACUGGGUGGCUGAGCCAGAUCCUAUCUUGCAGAUCUCGGCUUUGGAUUCACCUGUUACUGGCUGUUGUUGUUGGGGUUAUCUUGGCAAAAAAUAUCCAUGUACCUCCCUUCCUAUAAGAUCUGUGUAGUCCAUUAAGAACGGCACUGUUCUUUCCUUAGAAUCACAACCCGGACAACCCCAGCUGCGAGGGCAUUGAGGGAGUGCUGGAAUCUUAUUUCCACAGCUUACGCACAGUGCAGCUAUACGGACCCACCAACUUUGCGCCAGUCAUCAACCAGGUGGCACGGUAAGUGGGCACUGGAAAAGCAUCGCAUGCCGAACAAGGUCCUGCCCCCCUUCCUCUCGGGAGUCUUGCGUUGGGCUGGGGGCAGAACAUCUCUGAGUUGGUCUUUCCAAGACGCAGUUGUUGCAACACCCAGACCCAAGUCACCUCUGCCUUCAAAGGAGCCCAGUCUGGCUCCAGGGCUUGCAUGUUGUCAGUGGCACCUUAGGGAACAUCCCCCUUUCCCCGGCCGAUCCAAGCAGCGUGAUUUGAACCAGUGAGGACCAGCGGUAGAGAAAGGUGGAGGAACCACCAACCCGAACCUUCUCGGUAGUGGCGCCCUCCCUGUGGAACACCCUCGCUUCAGAUGUCAAGGAGAUAAGGAAUUACGCAACUCUUAGAAGACAUCUGAAGGCAGCCCUGUAUCGGGAGGUUUAUAACGUUUGAUGUUUUUAAUUAUGUUUUUAGAUAUGCUGCAAGCCGACCAGAGUGGCUUGGGAAACCCAGCCAGAUGGGUGGGGUAUAAUAAUAAUAAUAAUAAUAAUAAUAAUAAUAAUAGAACUUAAUUCGUUCUGGAGGUCCAUUCUUAACCUGAAACUGUUCUUAAUCUGAGCUACCACUUUAGCUAAUGAGGCCUCCCACUGCCACUGCGCCGCUGGAGCACGAUUUUUGUUCUCAUCCUGAAGCAAAGUUCUUAACCCGAGGUCUGGGUUAGCAGAGUCCGUAACCUGAAGCGUCUGUAACCCAAAGUACCACUGUCAUAAUGAUGCCCUCUGUUUCAACUCUCCGGCUGAGAACUCUGUUUGCUUGGUGGGCAUAGCUCCAUAGUGUAGUGGAAAGCGGUGAAGAAGCAAGGCAUGUCUUGGUCCUCUCAACUCUCCCUCUUCCUCAGGUUGGCGGCCCAGGAGACCGACGGGUCCCAAUAUUACGUCCUGCUCAUCAUCACGGACGGAGUCAUCUCUGACAUGCUGCAAACCAAGGAAGCCAUUGUCAGCGUGAGUCCAAACUCUCCCUUUCCAUGCUGGGAAAGGGGUGGGGAAGAAAGGGAACACCCUCAAGACUUAAAGGGAGGCAUGAAAGCUGGUCACCAGCAGCUCCCAAUGUCACCUUAAGUGCCUUCUUGAAGAAACCGGUGGUCUCCACCUGCCCUCACCGCCUUCUCGAUUGAAUUUGCAAUAAAGUGGUCAGCACAGGCUUCCUCAUUGCCCACCCCCCAAACCCCAUAAAAAGGCCUUCUUUACAUAAACGAUGGUGCGGGCAUUAACCACCGGCAGAAUGAGGCUGAGAGGUCCCAGCACGGCCCUGCUGUGCUGAGGGGUAAACAGCUUUGCAGCCAAGAUACGUAGCAAUGUCCACUGUUUUUAUGCAUGUGUGCAUAAAGGUAAAGGUAAAGGAACCCCUGACCAUUAGGUCCAAUCGUGACCGACUCUGGGGUUGCAGCGCUCAUCUCGCUUUAUUGGCCAAGGGAGCCGGCGUACAGUUUCCGGGUCAUGUGGCCAGCAUGACUAAGCCGCUUCUGGCAAAUGCAAACCAGAGCAGCACACGGAAACGCCGUCUACCUUCCCGCCGGAGCGGUAUCUAUUUAUCUACUUGCACUUUGAUGUGCUUUCGAACUGCUAGGUUGGCAGGAGCAGGGACCGAACAACGGGAGCUCACCCCGUUGCGGGGAUUCGAACCGCCGACCUUCUGAUUGGCAAGUCCUAGGCUCUGUGGUUUAACCCACAGCGCCACCUGCGUGUGCAUACACAGCUGCAAAUGUGUGGAUUUAGAUUAGCCCAGGGCUCCUUGUGGCCUUGAUCUGGAUCUGCAAGGCUAAACACCAUGUGGGCAUAGCUGUCAACGUUUCCCUUUUUUAAAGGGAAAUUCCCUUAUUCCGAAUAGGAUUUCCCUUUAAAAAAGGGGAAAGUUGACAGCUAUGCAUGUGGGAUGCAUCUCAGACAAUGCGGUUCUCCCCACAGGCCUCGUCUUUGCCAAUGUCUAUCAUCAUCGUGGGAGUAGGGCCGGCUGAUUUUCUGGGUAAGUGUUGCCCUGAUCCAAGAUGUGUGAUGGGCCAACGAUGAGAAUUGGGUUGGGUGGACCUGUACCAACCCGGUCCGACAGGGUGACAGUCGGCGGCUUGCUAUGCUUCAGCACUUCGCACAAAGCGGCGAGAGGGCCACCACCGAAGGCCACGCUGCGAGGCCGAUGACUAGGCCUCGUGGAGCUGGGUUGCAUGCAGGGAAGAUGUGCUUUCGUAGGUGCCCUGUACUUGGGCAGCAACCCAAGGAGGAUGGCAACGAACCUUAGCAGUAAUUCAUUCUUGUGUGAUCCUCAGCUAUGGAAGAGCUGGACGGAGAUGAAGUGCGAGUCUCCUCCAGGGGGCGCUAUGCUGAGAGAGACAUUGUGCAGGUAACUCUUUUCCAGAGAGCAUGGAUGGAUCAGCGAUGCCAAAGGGUGGGGGGCUUUUUGGAGGGUGGGGCAGGAUCUGGCCAAGCACCUACCCCUUCUAUCUCAUAGCUGUCAACUGUCCCUUAUUUGGUGGGAAAGUCUCUUAUCCCAGUGCUGUGUCCAGCUGCUGUCAUUAUUAUUGAGGAUGUCCCUUAAAUUCCCCGGGUUUCAAAGGAAGCAGCUCCUCUCCCUGCCGGCCAGAGAGGAGGGAGGCUCCAACUGUGUUGCUUGGCUGCGUUGCUCACCCAAUAAGGAGUCUAAGAACGACUGGGGGGUGGAGCUUGCAUGCCUUGUGCCAAUCAAAUCGGCUGCAUUGCCUGGGGACUCGCCUUUGCUCAGCGCUUCCCAGCGGAGAGGUGACGGUGGUUUUCCUUGCUGCAUCCCCUCUGCCGGGUUGCUGCGCUGUGGGAACACUUGAGGCUUCGUUUGGCUGCUGGCUGGGCUUUCUGCCUUUGGCUCAGAGGGGCUCAGAAGUUGAACAUACCUGCAUUCUGAAAAUCUUUUAUUUUGGCUGCUGAUCCCUUAUUUUUGAGGCUGCUGGUCCCUUAUUUUCAAAUCUGUAAGUUGACAGCUAUGUUCUCUCUCUUUCCACCCAGUUUGUGCCAUUCCGGGAUUACGUGGACCAUUCUGGGAACCACGUGUUGAGCAUGGCACGCCUGGCAAAGGACGUCCUGGCAGAAAUCCCUGAGCAGCUCCUCUCCUACAUGAAGACCCGCGACAUCAAGCCCCUUUCUGCUAGUCCGCAGUAG